AAUUGUGUGGGACAAAUGUUAAUAUUUAAAUGUUUUGUUGCAGAUGAACAGGAACGAGUACAAAAGAAGACUUUCGUCAAUUGGAUCAAUUCACAUCUGUCAAAGCGCAUACCGCCAAUGCGCAUAGACGACCUGAUUUACGACCUGCGCGACGGGACCAAGCUGCUGGCGCUGCUCGAGGUCUUGUCCGGGGAGAAGCUGCCGAUGGAGCGCGGGCGAGUGCUGCGCCGUCCUCAUUUCCUAUCGAACGCGAACACCGCGCUUCGAUUCCUGGCCGGCAAGCGCAUCAAGCUAGUGAACAUCAAUGCCGCCGACCUGGUGGACGGACGGCCCGCGGUCGUGCUCGGCCUCAUAUGGACCAUCAUCCUUUACUUCCAGAUCGAGGAGAACAGCCGAGCACUAGAGUACCUGGGCGGGUCGAGAUGCGCGUCGGCCAUGUCGUACGAGUCCGGUGCGGCGACGCCCACGCAGCGCGCCGAGGACAAGUGGAAGCAGGGCGCCAAAAAGACCCUGCUGCAGUGGGUCGCCAAUGCGCUGCCUAAGGACUCAAACAUCCUAGUAACAGACUUCGGCCCGUCCUGGCGCGAUGGUAUCGCGUUCUUGGCGAUUAUCGACGCGAUCAAAGCGAACCUGAUCAACCUGGCGGAGAUGAAGCGCAAGACGAACCGGCAACGGCUGGAGCACGCGUUCGACGUUGCCGAGACCGAGUUGGGCAUCGCGCGGCUGCUGGACGCCGAAGAUGUUGAUGUCGACAAGCCAGACGAACGGUCCAUCAUGACUUAUGUAGCCCAGUUCCUGCACAAAUACCCUGAACCUAAGACGACUGGACCGGAUGCUGUAGCGGCAGUACAAGAGGAGUACGAAUCUCUGCGAAUGUGGCUGACGGAGCGCGUCACCACAAUUCAAAGGCAAUACGAAUCGCGCACCCUGUCGCGGAACUACGAAGACUACGUGCGCGCCGAAAACGAAAGACUCGCACGCGAGCCCAUCUACCUUAAACUAGAGAAACUCAUGUACACGCAGAGCCUUGUGGCCAUCGCGCCCAAGUCCUGGCGUGAGCUCGUCGCCUUGUGGGUCGAACUUGAACGGCUCCACAGGAAAUGGCUCUGGCUUCUGGACUCGGAACUGCCGGGAGACUUUAGAGUCGUAGGCGAAUGGUUAGCAAAAGCAGAAUAUCUUUUAUACUUCGACGAAAUACCGACCAGUUUGGACGAGAGGACAGCGGCAAUUAUCAGCGAGAAACUAGAGGAACAUAGCGCGUUCUUUGCUGGACUUCCAGAUAUAGUAGACAGAUUCGAGGCAGCCCUGCGUUCACCCGACGCCGCGAGAAUACCUGGCGAAAGGCUGCAGCACAUGAGAGACAGGCUUGAGGAAGUCAGUCGUAGGGCGCCACAGAGGAAAGCCAGGUUAAAGUACAUGGAGCACAAGUGCUGCAUCGUAGCGUUCACAGAACUGACUAAAGCUAAGCUUGCCGCGUGGACCGGCAAGUACGGUCGCAUUGACCAUGUUCGUGCCUUAUUAGAUGAUUAUGAUAAUUUUGUCACUAAGAAUAAGAUUUUCCAAGAAUUUGAUAGAGCGUACGUUGAUAUUAAACAAGUAGCUGAGGAAUAUAAGAGAGUUUGUGAAGUAGACAGGACUGAAUCAAGAGAAAUCGAUGCCUUUUUGAAAGACGUUUCUGAGACUUGGAGAAGAGUUGCUUCCGACGUGAGAUGUGCUAGGAGUGUUUUAGAAGAAGUGAUUGCUCACUGGGAGAGAUGGAGUACUUUGGUAGAAGAAUUCACGAUUUGGCUAGACAGAGCUCAACACAUGCUGAGAGUGUCAGAAGACGACAGAUUAGAGUUCUUCCAUGAUUUAACUGUGUGGAAAGAGAAGCACCAGAGAUUAGGCGACGCGGCUGGUUUCUUAGCAGCAACAUGCUCUGAAGAAAUCAGUUCAGAAAUCAAGAAGAAAUACGUUGAGAUUACGGAGCGUUGGGAGCGCAUAUGGGAAGAAGCUGAACGAUAUGUCCGCGGUGGCGAUGCGUUGCGUCACCGUCGCGAGUUGGCGAACGGUAUCCGCGAGCUGGACUCCUGGCUGACGGCAGCGGACAACCUGCUCGGCCGGCAGCCGCGCGCCAACACCACCGACAUACAGGCCUACAUCGACCAGCUCUUGCAGCUCAACUCGCAGAUAGAACACCAUGAGGAGCUGUUCAAGAGCAUCAGCAGAACGUUCCAAAGUGCAAUAGCAGAGAUGCCUCGCGACGAGGUAGAAUCAAACAUGUCCAAGCUGAAGCAGCAGAAGGAGUCUCUGGUCCGAGUGAGAGCCACAGUCCCCGUGAAGCUGCAUCAAUACAGACAACUACUUGUGCAGCAUGAGUCGCUCGAGAGCGGACAGAAGGAGAUCGGCUCCUGGCUCGACAGGGCUGAGGAAACGUUGAGGACCACGGGAGAGACUCGACGGGAAAUAAUCGAGGAACGGUACGAGGUGCAUCGCUCGUUCUUCUCGCGGACCACCUACUACCGGUCGAUGUUGGAGAGCAAAAACAAGGUGUUCCAGAACAUCGUGCAGGCCGCUGAUACAGACAAGAGCGCUGACGUCACCGACCAGCUGCGGCUCAUGAGGGACCUCAACGAGAGGUUUGCCCACGUGUCCUCCGAGGCGACACGUCGCGAGGCCGACCUGCAGCGGCUGGUCCGUGCGUGGGAUGACUUUGACAGCAAACGCCGCGCCGUGGAGGAGUGGGCCUCGCGCGCCGAGUCCCUGCUCACGGACCCCAGGGUCGACACCAAGCAGGCCGUCGACUACCACAAACGGUUUUUCCAGGGCGCUGACGAGAGAGCCGUGUCCGAGCUCGUGCGGUCUGGACGGGAGCUUAUUGAGCUGGUGAACGAAGAAGACCGUCCGCGGAUAGUGCAGAUGGUGGAAGACCUGCAGCGCAGGUGGCGCGAGCUGCUGGACCGCGCGCCGCCGCACCUCAUGCGCCUGGAGUUCAGGCUCGACGAGACCGUCUUCCAUCACUGCAUCAAGGAUAUCGAGACCGAGAUCGUUUAUGAGGAGCAGGCCUAUAACCAAAGCGAUGACGCUGACGGCAUCCUGAUAAGAAACGAGGAAUACUUCCGCAAUCAGGGCAAGGUGAUGCAGGUGGAACACUGCCUGCAGAACCUCAAGAAGAUUGCCACCAGUUACACGCAACAAACCGGAGACACCGUCUUGGAGGAAUCAGUCAAGAAGUGCGAGCAAGAGUGGGAGAGCACGGUUCAAAGAGUGGAGCACUUCAGGCAGCAGCUGCAACGCAUUUCGGCCAAAUGGGACGCGUACCGCGACAAGUUCCGCGAGAUGGAGCGCUGGAUGGACCACGUCGACAAGACCAUGGACAGCAUCGUGCGCGAGGUCGACUCCGCCGAGGCCUUCGAGCGGGAGAAGACUAUCUUCCAGAACAUCUGUCGCGAGGCAGACAAAAAGCGCGAGGACAUGAAAUGGCUCGUGCAAACCCUGGAUAUGCUCACUAACCACUGCUCAGAGUCGGAGGCUCAAGAGGAACAAAUCAAACUUGAGAACCUUAUUGCGAGGUACAAGAAUCUCAUACCGACCAUCGAGAUUACUAUGAUUAAGACUGAGACGUACACGCGCUGCUACACUUACCGCAGAGAGGUGCACGAAGUUAUCUGUGUACUUGAGAGCGCUAAGGAGCAAGCCAUGGUCGUGCCGGAACCGCAGUCGCUACAACACGUCGAGCAACUCGUAUUGGAGCAACAGGCUGCCGUACAAAAAUUGGAUCGCCACAGGCCUUCAGUCAUGUCCAUGCUCCAAAGAGGCAAAGAGCUCAUCAAGGAUGCCAAUGCUCCAGCCUUUGUUAGGGAGGAUGUAAAGACCCUUGAAACUGGAUGGAACACAGCCUAUGAAACCUCCACCGAUCGCCUCCACAAACUCCGUGACACGCAAAAGGUUUGGUCCAAUUAUGAGUACCAGAAGGAGGAGUUGCUGUCAGAUAUAGACAAAAUCGAAAGCUACGUUACACAUCCAGGCCUGGAGCUUGGUGUUACAAAUAUCGGUCGUGAAUUACAAGAAACAAAAACACUUAGUGUUGAUAUAGAAAAGGCUAAGACAGAGAAGCUGCCACAGCUUCAAAAGGCUUACACUGACCUACGCUCACUUACAGCCAACAAACCUAAGCCCGUUAUUGAAAAAGAUCUAGAGAUUAUUGAACGUAAAUUAGGUAAAGUUGAAGAAGAAGUUCAGACUAAAGUGGUACAAUUGCAGAAAGUCAAUGAAGAGUGGGUCAAAAUUGAACACAAACUAGAACACGUUCGAGAAUGGAUCAAAAAGGAAAGUCCAGCUCUCGUAUCCGAAAUCCGUUCCGAAAAUAUUACACCCGAAGCAAGAGUUGAAAAGUCUCAAGCGCUACAAAAGGUCAUUAGCGAAAAAUUGGAAAUUAUCAGAAACGUUGCUGAUCAAGGGAAUAAAUUGGCGAUGGAACAUCGUGUCCAGGACGCCACGAGACUUAAGGGAGACGUUGCCUUAUUAGAGAAAAUGAUGGCAGACUUACAACGAUCCACUGAACAUCAAACUAAAGUAGUUGAACACGAUUUAGCCAGCUGGCAGAAGUAUCAAAAAGGCGUCGCAGAGAUUAAGCCAUGGAUUGAGGAAGCUGAAAUUAAAUUGGGUAAUGUUCCUAAACCCACAACAUUGCCUGAAGCACAGCAAAUGCAGCAGCAAUCAAGAGCGUUGAUCACGGAUUGUGAUAAACAAUUAACCAACUUGCAAAUACUGUCCAGCGUCAGCCACCAGUUGUCAGGUAAGACUAGUGCUCCUGAUGAAGUAGACGCUAUCCAUUCUCGUUGGGCAAUAGUUCACGAUCUCGCCGAUCAAUGGAACAGCAAAUUGGAUAAACUCGUCACGAACUGGGAAAACUUUGAACGUGAAGCUGAGAAAUUGGAAUCAUGGAUAGAAAAUGGAGAGAAAUUGAUUAGUAGUCGUAGCGUACAAAUGGAGACUCCGCAAGUUGAGAAACUAGACAGAGAAUUAAACAGACUUAAAUCAUUCGGCAAUGAAAUAUCACAGCAACAAGCUAAAAUAAUUAGUUUAUCGCAAAUAUGUGACAACAUUUGCCAUAACAUACAACCGGAAGGAGCAACGUUGUUGAAGAACAAGGUGUCUGAUAUUAAACAACGUACAAAUGAUCUUGCCGAAACUGUUCGAACCAGAGUCAACGAACUUUCUGAUAAGAUUAUUGUAAGACAAGAAUUCAUGACGAAACUACACAAUUUCGACAACUGGAUCACAGAUUUCAGAAGAAAAACUGAGAGUUACGAUCAAAUAGGCGCUGACAAAGUGGAGCCUACGCUGCAAUCUAUGCAUGUGCUUUUGCAAGAACAUGCAGCUAAGGCUCCAGAGUUCGCAGACAUUUACAACGAAAUCAAGAAUAUGACAUUGGCUUCACACCCGGACGAAUCGCGAUCAUUGAGCGAAACAUACUCAAAUAUCGCGCAACACUACCAAAUUAUUGAGACUAACAUACAACAAAACAAGGGUGUACUACAAAAGUGGUCCGAUUUAUUGAACUGGUAUGAUGAUACUAAACAGCAACUUGGUCAUAUCCAGUACCAGAUUGAAGGACCAAAACUAACUCCAGAGAGGUACGAAGUUCUUAGGCAAGAACUUGUGAAUGUGAUUACUAAGAUUCCAGAAUGGAAAAGCAAUGUAGCUUUAUUGGACGGUCCUUCAAGAAUAAAGGUGACGGAUCAGAAUACUGGCAGAAUAAUGUCACCGGUCAGUCUGGUAAGAGAAAUUGAAAUGAAAGCCGAUGCUUUACUAAAUCAAGUCACGUCGAAAAAGAAUUUAGUACAGAAGGUUGGCGCGCGAUGGGAUAAAUUUAAUCAGCAACAUAAUGCGCUGAAUGAAGUGUUACACAACAUCCAGAGUGUACUCAAUGAGAUGGCACAAAAACCACUACCAUUAACAGAAGCUACCAUCCAAGACAUGACCGAACAACUAGACAAACUUGACGCAGAGCUUAGGGACAAGCAGUCCAUCAGAAAGGAACUUAGAGAGGAAGGUCUUCACUUAAUGAGGGAAGACCAGCCUAACAUGGGAACAAUACAGAAUACUAUGUCUGCUGCUGACAACAGCUGGGACCAAGUUGUUAACUCUAUGAGAGACACGAAGAAUAAAUACAUUUUCUUGUCGUCGACACUACAGGAAUUGAAAAAUUUCACAGUAGCAUUUGAUAGAGAAAUGAGCAGAGCCGAACAGUUGCACAAUGAAUGCAAACAAUCACCCAACGAUUACGUUCAAACUGCACAAGCUUUAGACAAAGCAAAGAAAUCGUAUGAACUGUUGAAGCGGUCUAAAGGUUUGCUCGAUCAAAUGGAAGUCAUUAAGCAAUCUGUACUCAAGCAAGCAUCUACUUUGGGAGGAUUUGACACGAGUCCACUAGAAGAAGCAUUCUUGAAUUCACAAACACAAUGGGAAAAGAUGAAUGAUGCUGUCAUAAAAAGAAUACAAGAUUUAGAAUCCCAAUUAUUGGUAUGGAGACAAAUUGAUGAUACGAAAGAUCAGGUGGUCGCUUGGUUGAGUGAAACUGGCCAAAACUUGUCAAACGCCUGUGAAAACUUAGAGAUCAGAUUCGCUCAUAGUCACCUAACUAAAUACAAGGAAGAGUUACCAAUAUACCAAGGCUUAAAGAACAGUAUCAAGAGCAAGUAUGAACAAAUUAGCAAUUUGAAUAAGAGUAUUCCAAGUGGUCAAGUUUCUUCGAUCAUUGAUUACUUGGAUAAUGAGUUCCAGGCUUUGCAAUCCCUUGCAGAUAACUUAGAGGGUGCAGUUUCUUCUUUGGAAUCUAAGGAAAAUAAACUAAAGGACAACAUUAAACGUCUAUCGGAUAAUGUAAGCAAAAUCCGUGAAGACAUUAUUAAAUGUGAUGACAUGACGGGAGACAAUGCAAAGAUUUUAGAUCGUCUUAAGAAAUGCCAGGCGUGCAAAGCCGAACUGCAAAAUCUUAAUGAUGAAAUUGACAAUCUUACACAGAAUGUGUCUGAAAUGAAUGACAAUUAUCCAGGCUUCUAUGAAUCUUUAGUUCCUAAAGAAUUGAGUACUUUACAGAAACGAUUUGAGAGCGUACUGGUCCACGCAAAUAAGACGGAAAUAACACUCUUAACAUUCUUACAAAAACUGUUUACUGACAAACUUGCUAUGUUUAAUAGAAAUUUGAAGAUCUUAGAUGACAAAACAAGAUGGUGUAUGCCUGAUGUAAACAGCGAUAAAUAUAACUUAGAAGUUAAAACUGCCGCGUUGCAUGAUGUAGAAAGUGGUAUUGCUGAUUGUGUCGCCAAAGUGAAAGAACUUCAAGAAGCUUGUGACAUAUUAAAACUUGUCGCUGAACCUGCUUGUGCACAAGAAGCUGCGCAACAGACCGAGAAGGCUAAGAAAAAUCUAGAUGUGUUGAUGGCUAACUGCGAUGAAAUCAAAAACCGACUUAAAGACAAUAUUGAUGCUUGGCAGGAAUAUGAAAGUUUAAUGGAAAAUGUAUCUGAAUGGUUGAAAGAUAAGGAAAAUAAAGUUAGGCUUGAAGCUACGAAUUUACUUGAUGUCAAGGAAAUUGACGGUAAAAUAAGUGAAAUUGAUAAAUUAAAUGAAGAGGUAAAGAAUUACGGAGCAGAGAUCACAAAACUAACUGAAACUGGCGAGAAAAUCUUGGCUCGCAAUCCUGACUCUCGCGUUCUACAAUACAUCAACCAUUUAGUGGCCAGAUAUCAGGCAGUCAGCAAGUUCACAGAAGCACAUCUAGCAAGGCUUAAGGAUUUGAAGGAUAACAAAGCCACAUACAAUAAAUCUAUUGCAGAGUAAAAUUGGCUUCAAAAUACUAACGCUAAAAUCAAGGACUUAGCUGUAAUGAGCAAGCAUGCUAAACCAUCAGCUGCUGAUCUAGAACAAAUCAAAAAACUAAAUGAAAACAAAGAGAUUGGACAGCGAUUGCUUAAUAGCGCCAUUGAGUCUGGGGAAGCAUUGUUUAGUGGCAUCACUCCUGAAGGCCGCGAGGAGAUUAGGAAUGAACUAAGAGCUCUUCGUGAUUACUUUGAGGAAUCUGUAGAUUCAUUAAACAAUGUUGUUAAGGACAUUGAAACAACAAUAAAUAAGAGAUCGUCAUUCGAUGAUACGUUCAAUCAAGUUCAAAAAUGGAUCAGUGAUAAGGAAAAGGAGUUGGGAGAAUUCAAACUCUGCCCUACUUUGCCUGAAAAGAAAGCUCAGCUACAUGCAAAUAAAAUCGCACACCAAGAAGUUGAGAUACAUCAGUCGAUGCUGACACAGUUGACUGAGAAGAUCAAGCUUAUGCCUGACGAAGAAGCAGAGAAAAGUCUAUCAAAAACUAUCGAGAGGUAUUCAGACAUGGCCAAAGAGCUAGAAAAAAGAACUGCAAUCUGCGAAUCUCAUGUUAUUGAACAUGAAAAAUACGCGCAAAUGUUUGAAGAUGGUCGCGAUCGUCUUAACCACAUUGUAGCUGAAAAUAGUAUGCUGAACUAUGGCGUUGUUACUCAAAAAGACGAUGUUGAUUCCAAGAUAGCAGCUAUUGAAAAAGUAACAUCAAAAGAUAAAGAUAUCGACAAACUGCUAAAGGGAUUAAAGUCGCAACUGGACACAGUUUUAGAAACUACAAGUGUUAACGGACACCCAGUUCUUAUUAACGAAUACGAACAACUCAAAUCAACAUGGACUCAGUUUGCUACACAGUGCAAAGAGCAAGAAAAGAAAUUAAAAGAAACAUUAAAACAAUGGACCGAAAGUCAGAAGACUCUGGACGAGCUGGAAGAAUGGCUCAAGGUUAAAGAAAACCAAGUCAGAGACCAAAGCCUUAAAAAUAAUCUAGAAGCUAAAAUUGCUCAUUUGCAUAAGGUGAAAGAAAUCCAAUACGAACUUACAUCGAGGAGCGCUGAUUUUGCCGCUUUGACUGACACUAAACAAACUGUAGCAAGUGAAUCAGAACUUACGAAUAAAACAUCUAAACUUGCCACAAGAUACCACACGUUAAACAAUGUCGUUAAUGAGAUCAUCUCUAAAUAUGAAGUAUUUGUAUCCGAACACCAAACGUUCGAGAAUGAAUACAAUAAUAUGGAGACUUGGCUCAACGGUAUGCUUGGUGAACUCCAAGACUUAAAUGAAAUUGUUGGCGAUUACGCAGUCCUUCAAGAAAAACAGAAUAAGGCUAAGGAACUUUAUGAAACUAGAAACAAAAAGACUCCCGCGUUUGAAGAAUUCUUAAGCCUAGGUGAAAAACUGUAUACUCACACGAGUCCUGAUGGCAGAGAGAUUAUCCGUCAGAAAAUCCGCAAAAUAAGAACUCUGUGGGAUAGUUUCGGUGACAGCUUCCAGGAAACUGUAAACAAGCUAGACCAGUGCCUACUUCAGUUCUCAGAUUUCUCCCUUGCCCAAGAACAGCUCACAAAAUGGUUGAAGGAUGUAGAGAGAGCAAUGCAAAGACAUACAGAACUCAAGGCCUCUUUAGAAGAAAAGAAGGCACAGCUGCAGAAUCACAAGAUAAUGCAUCAAGAAAUUAUGACACAUCAACAGCUUGUCGAGUCAGUUUGCGACAAAGCGCAGCAGCUGGUUGAUCAAACGCACGAUGCUUCUUUGAAUGUCUACUUACAAUCUAUCAAGCAAUUGUUCCAAAACAUCGUGACAAAAUCUCAAAACCUACAAGACAACUUGGAAGAUUGUGUAAAGAGGCAUGAAGACUUAGUACGACUCAUUCAACAGUACAAAGAAUGGCUUGGAUCGCAAUCUGAAAAGCUUCUCGACAUUGAGAAUGCUACGGGUGAAAAGCCUGAAAUUAAUAGAAAAUUGCAAUCUGCUAUGGCCCUGAAGGAUAUUGAAAAGAUAGGUUCAAGCAAAUUAGAUGAGAUCAGAUCCGUAUUCGUAGCGGUCAGUAAAAGCACCUCAGAGCCGGGAAAUGCAGCUAUUAGAGCAGAAAUCGAGAACUUGCAUGAUCAAUUACGCAGUGCCGUGGAAGGCAUUGGAACGUCAGAACAAAAACUUAAGCACACUUUGGAAAUUUGGAAUAAAUUUGACGCAUCCAUUGAAUCGAUAACAGAAUGGCUGAAAGACAUGGAAUCUAAAUGUCGUGACCAGAGCCUCUGUUCCACAUUACAAGAGAAAGAGGCGCAGUUGAAGAGGUACGUUGAUCUUCGUAACGGAAUCAACGCCAAAGAGAAGGAAAUCGAUGCAUUCGUUGAUGAAUCCCAUAGCCUGAUUCAACUCAGUGGAGUAGAGCGUCUUAAGCCUCUCGUGACUCAAGUAAGCAGCCGCUACCAACAAUUGCACUUGAUUUCUAAAGAAAUUGUCAACCACUGGUCUGAAUUAGUAGCGGACCACAAAAAAUAUGUCCAGUUACGUAAUGAGUUCGACGCUUGGCUCAAACCCUUGGAGGAGCAAUUAUCUCAAAUGGUUUCUAAAGAAGAUAAACUUAGCAUAGAAAGCAAGGGCAAUAAGUUACAAGUUUUCUUACUUGAGAGAGAUAAUGGUGAACAUAAGAUCGGCAUACUGUCCACAUCGGGUGAUAAAGUAUUGCCUGAAACAGCAGCAAAUGGCAGGGAAAAUAUUCGCGCUGAAAUCAGAGCACUCAGGGAAAGAUGGGACAAAUUCAACGAUGCCAUUCUCCAACAACAAAAGGAGUACGAAUCCCAGGCUUUACAAUGGUCCAGUUACCAGGAUGUGCUCCAACAGACUCUGUCUUGGCUGGAUGAGAAAGAAAAGAUAGUAGACACCGAAGAAAAGGCUGUUCUUAACUCAGCACAAGAAAUUAAAUCCAAAUUACUGAAGAAUAAAACAUUACUUCAAGAAAUCUACUCCCAUAAGAGAGUAAUUGAAACCGUCACUGAAAAAGCUAAGAGUGUUGCUGCGUCAUUGCAUUCGGGUAAGGGUGGAAGUGAUGAAAUGACAGCCAUUAUUCAGUCAGUUUGGGAUAGGUACAAUGCUCUCACGGCACGAUUGUCAGCGAUUAUCGACAAGCAUGAAAGCACAUUCGAAAUAUACCAACAAUUUGUGGAUCAACAGAAGUCACUGCAAGACUACCAGAAGCAUUUGUGGGAUCGUUUGCAUCUUCUGUCAGAUUUCACCGGUAAUAAGGCGGCUUUACAAAGCAAGUUGGCGAAAAUCCAGGAACUACUGGACGCCAUACCUACUGGCAAUAACAAGCUUAAAAUAUUGUCAGAUCUGAUCGAACAGAAUGGUGCUAAAUUAUCUCCUAGAGGUAAAGAGGGCAUGUCCAGAGAACUUGGACUUCUUAGAGCUGACCUUGAAAAGUUCACGGCCACAGUGCAUGACGUGAAGCGCGGAAUCGAGGACAAGAUUCAGCAAUGGAUAGAAUUCGACAGCGCUAACGAUCGUUUGCAGCACUGGCUAAGCGACACAGAGAUGAGUCUCAAGACUUACACACCUAAAGCCACUCUGGAUGAGAAGGUGGAUCAGCUUAAUAAAUACCAGGAUUUAUGUAAAGCAAUUGAUAAUCACGAAAAUGAAUUGAGCGCUGUCAUUUCUUUGGGCGAAGCGUUGGAUCAAGCUAUUUUGGCUAAUUUGAAGAAGACAGAAAAUGACGUAGAUAAAUUGACAGAUGAAUUUAGCGACCUUAUUGAAAAUUGCAACGACACAAGAAUCACAAUGAACUUGCAGCAAAUGACGUCACGAUUCCAAUCUGUCCAAUCGACGGCCAAAGAGUUGGUCAAGAAGUGCGAGCAAGCCGUCAACGACCACAGAUCCUACCAGGACAAAUAUAAUCAAUGUACAGACUGGCUUAAGGCAGCUCAGCAUAAGUUUGAAGAAUGCAAAGAAAAUCUGUCCAACACACCGGAAGGUAUCAGCGCUAAAAGAGAAAGCCUUAACGACCUACUGAGUCAGAGACGUAAUGCCACUCUUCUAGUUAACAAUACCUUUGAGUUAGGAGAGAAACUUUACCCAUCUACUUCACCUGAAGGCAAAGAAAUUAUUGAACAGCAACUGCACGAAAUUCAACAAGCUAUAGAAAAUCUGUACGAUAACAUUACAAAGGCCGAGAGAGACUUGGACUCUGAACUGAAUAAGUGGUCUUCAUUCGAAGAUAAUCUGAAGAGCGUCCAACAAUGGCUCACAACUGCUGAAAAGACGCUUCCUAAAGAGAUCGAACUCAAGGCUACUCUGGACGAGAAACGUAACCAAUUAAACGUAUACAGAACAUUCUUGCAAGAUGCCAUCGCGCAUCAACAAGAUAUUUCUGACUUGGAGUCUCGAUCCCAAAGUCUUCCUGAUGUUACCAAGGAUAUUACCAAGGAAAUAAAUCAGCUUAAGCAACGACACGAGACUAUACUUAACAGAGCCAAGUCCUUCGUUGAACAAUACGAAGCCAUUGUUAACAACCACCAACAGUAUACUAAAGCUGUGAAGGAUCUUGAGGAAUGGGUAGAAGCGACACACAACACUGCCCAACUCUGGGGUGAUGUUAAUUUGGAGCGUGUAGCUCUCAGCAGCAACUGUGAGAAGCUGAAGUCACUUCAAGUCAAUUUGCCCGAGGAGAAGAAUCGUAUCGACAAGAUUCGUACUCUUGGAGAGAAAGUAUUACCAGGCACAGUGAGCAGCGGACAAGCGAACAUCAGAAACCAAAUUGACGCUUCACACCAAGAAUGGGAAGGUCUUGUUUCGUUCAUUAACAAGACCAUAGAAUCACUUGAAACGAAGAUUCAACAAUGGAACGAAUACGAGAACAUGAAGGAUCAGUGCCUUAGUUGGAUAAGAAAUACGGACAAUCAAAUCCAUGCUGUUGACUUAAAAGCUACUUUGCCUGAAAAGCAAGAACAAUUCAAUAAAUUCCAAAAUCUGCAAGGUGAAGUUAGAGCUAAAGAACUUGAAAUUGACAACAUUACCGAAAAAGCACAGAAUCUGUAUACUGGUGUGUUGGGACCCCGAGGCUCACAGAUAUCAGAUUUGUCCAUAAAAUACCAGACUCUGUCCCAAAAAGUUAAAGAUUUAACCAACAGAUGGCAACAGUAUGUAAAGACACAUCAAGAAUUUGCUAGUAACGUCACUGAAUGCUCGCAAUGGAUUGAAGAGUUGAGAGACAAACUAGAUUUCUGCGCAGAUUUAAGUGCCUGUUCACAAGAUGACUUGGAAACUAAGUUAGUUCUCAUUCAAAAUCUUCUUUUGACUAAGGAUGAAGGUUUUACCAAAGUCCAAUCAUUGGUGGAAUUAGCGCAAAAUGUAUUGGCUAACACUGCUCCAGCUGGUCACGAGGCCAUCAACAACUCUUUAGUGGCAUUACAAGAACAAUGGUCUGCGCUUUUAUCACGUAUGAUUGAAACCAAGAAUAUGCUUGAUGACUCUGUAACUAAAUGGGCUGGUUUCCUUGAACAGAUACAGUUAAUUGAAAAGAGCAACACUUGGAUGGAAAAUAUGCUUGCCGAGCUAACACCAUUCGAAGGUUCCAUGACCGAUAAGAGGGCACAGCUUGAAAAGCUAAAAGAGGUUGAAGAAAAGACUCGUUGUGAUCGUUUGGAUGUCGAUACUUUAAAAGCUAAGGCAGCAGAAAUGAUUGCAAGCGGUCAGCAAAACCAAGCCGCUUCUAAAGCUCAAGAGACAUUGAACAAAUUCGACAGUCUUUAUGAUAAGAUCAAAAAAUUGCUCACAGAUCGUGAAGAGCAAUACAAAGACCACAGACUAUAUAAAGAAGCUCACGAUGAACUUAUUCAGUGGCUAAGCAGGGCUAGAGAAAAGGUCCCCUCUUUAAAAUCAAAGCCGCUUAGCGAUAAACUGGCAAUCGAAAACUCUGUGGCACCCCUUGAAGCUCUUAUAAACAAGCAAGCCCAAGGAGAAUUAUUGCUUGAACACUUACAACAUACUGGAGAAGUUGUGCUAGCUAGUACAUCGCCUGAAGGUCAGACUAUCAUUAAGAACGAAAUGAAGGCUUUGAAAGAGAGCUUUAAUGAUCUGUUCAAUGAAAUCAAGCAACAAAAGAGUCAACUCGAAGAUACAGUCAACCAAUGGCGCGAGUACAAGGAUGAGUAUGAACGUCUUUCUGAUUGGCUAGCCCAGAAAGAGAUUCUUAUCAAAAACCACAAGUUAGCAUUGCUUGGAACAGCCAAAGAAAAGGGUGCUCAAGUCAACGAAGUCAAGGAAAUAGUUGAUCAGUUGAACAAAGGGAAAGAUGAUAUUGACAACUUCAAUGCUUCUGCUGCCGGUCUUCUGUCCUCACACCUAGAUACAUACGUCAACAACCAACUUAGACAUUUGAACUCCAGGUACCAAGUACUUGUUAACAUGGCAAAUGAUGUCCUUAAAAAGGUGGAAACCAAUUACGAACAACACCAAACCUAUGAUGACAACUAUGCCAAGACUAAGAAAUGGAUAGAUGAUGCGUGGGACAUCACGAGAAGUGGCAGUGACACUGGUAGUAAUAGUAGUAAGGAAGCUUUGCAGAAGCGUCUAGAACAAAUCGAGGACUUGCUGAAGCGUAGGGAAGAAGGUCAAAACCUUGUCCACGCUACUGUGAACAGUGGAGAGAAAGUUCUCAGAAAUACGAGGUCAGACGGUAAGGACAGAAUCAACACAGAACUCAAAGAACUUCAAAACGAAUGGGAUCGUCUGGUCAAGAAGAUGACAACCGCUAAAGUGCACUUGGAGACAUCUUUGCUCCAAUGGGCCGACUACAGUUCCAGUUAUUCUCAACUCCAACAAUGGAUCUCUGACAGAGAAGCAAAACUGCAAGAAGUAUGUGAACAAAAAGUCGCCAAAUCUAAGAAGGGGCAGGACCGCCUCGCUGGUCUCACAACAGGCCUCAGCUUAGGAGAGAGGAAGGCGACCCUCCGUCAAACAAACAAUAUUGUACAAGAUAUCGUUUCGUUUGAGCCCAUGAUUCAGUCUGUAACUUCUAAGGCUUCGGAACUUAUGCAACAAGCUCCCGCAUCUGAGAUAACCAGCAAAUACGAGACACUAUCAAAACAAGCUAAAGAUUUGUACGAGAAACAGAAAGAAACUGUUGAGCAACACCAAGUGUUUAUUGAUGCUGGUUCAGACUUCGUCCAAUGGAUCAGAGCUGCUAAAGAGAGACUAGGCAAGUGCUCCGACGCUACCGGAGACAAGGAAUCAUUGAGCAGUAAGAUUUCGCAGCUCAAAGUACUGGAGAGCGAACUGCCCGAGGGUCAAGCGAAACUGCAGAAGGCCCUAGAACAGGGCGAGAUAUCUUGCGGCUUAGCUGAUGACGACGACAGAGAGGAAAUCGAAGAGGAAGUGGCUCUUAUGCAGGAGGAGUACGAUACUUACGUUGAGCAGCUUAACAAUACGAAGGCUAUAAUCGAGGGAGGUAUCGUGAAAUGGACGGAAUACGAAGAGCAGUACAAGGAAGCCCUAGACUGGUUGUCGAAGACUGAGAAACUAGUUCAAUCAUUCAACAAGUUGCAGAAUAAUUUGGAACAGAAGAAGGUCGUUCUGGAGGAAUUCCAGGGCCACCUGCAAACCCUGUUCGACUGGCAAGCGGAGCUGGACAAGCUCAACGUGCGCGCGCAGACGCUGCUGGAGACGUGCGCCGACACGCGCGUGUCCAACGGCAUCACGCAGCUCACCACCAAGUACAACGCGCUGCUCUCGCUCGCCAAGGAGGUCAUGAAGCGCCUCGAGCUGCACUACCAGGAACAUCAACAACACAACGCCCUCUACGGCGAAUGUCAAGACUGGCUCGACAGAACGCGUGACAAACUCAAUCAAUGUGCUGAAAUACCUAACACCUUACAAGAAGUUAAUAGCAAGUUAAACACUGUCAAAAUGUUGCGUCAGUCUCUAGAACAGGGUCAGAACAAACUGAGGUAUCUUUUAGAACUAAAAGAGAAGGUGAUAAUGAACACCGAACAGGCCGGAGCCGCCAAAAUCCAAGAGGAUACGGAUAAUUUGAAACAGGAAUUCGAUAAGUUAAUAGCCGACUUGCAGGAUGUUCGUAACAAGCUUACCACCAGAGCAUCGCAGUUUGAUGAUAUUUCUAAGAUUCACAAACUGCUAGUCGAAUGGUUAGACGACAUCGAUCAGAAGAUACAAUCAGACGAUUCCCUUCUUAACGAUCUCUCAGAGAAGAAAGCUAAAUUAGAGAAGUUCAAGACAUUUAGCCGAGACAUUGACUCUCACAGCGACCUCGUGAAGAAACUAAAUGAGAAGAUCCAGGAGGACUCUUCUCUGAAGUCCAAGGAUAUCGAAGACACCCUUAAACGCUACGAUGAUAUCAAGAAGACUGUUAGUGAAAUGAUUGUUAAAUUGGAAGACUACGUCAACUCUCACAUCCAAUAUAAAGAAUCGUAUGACAAGUUCUACGAUUGGAUCCGAAACUGCAAGAUCGAGAUUCAACAGUGUUCUGAUUCUCACGGCGAGAAAGAUUCCGUACAGAAGAAACUGAAGAAGGUCAACAAAAUCAUCGAAUCCCUUCCCAAAGGUGAAGCUUUGCUGCAAAAAGCGAUGAGUUUAAGUGAAGCUGUCCUAGAAACGACUGGUAAUGAAGGAAAAGACAAUAUUAACCAGGAAAUAAAGCAGUUGAAGCUCGAAUGGGAGAACCUUCAACAGAUAUGUAAGGACACUAAAAAACUGCUGGAGAAAUGCCUGUCGGCAUGGUCAGACUACUUGGAGACUUACGAAAAGAUGAGCAAGUGGGUGAAAGAGUUCGACGGUAAGCUGAAGGAGGUACAGAAGGUAGACAAGAUCACGCCUGAACAUCUCGACAAGUGUCGGGAGUUACUAGCGGAAGCUUUGGGACACAAGCAUAUCCUGGAAGAGCUUAACGACAGAUGCGAGAACCUCAUGGAACAGAGCGCAUGUGCUUGGGUUCGCGACAAGACCGUCAACCUUCAAACCGAGUACACAACCCUGCUUACAAAGAUCCAAGGACUUGUCUCCAAUGGCGAAAAGAACCUCUCAGAUCACACAGAGUUCAUCAAAGCCAAGGAGGACCUGCAGAACUGGCUGGAGACAGCACAUGGCACUGUCCAAGACUCGAUUGGUGUUGGUGAUAUUGAUACUACCAAGGAUAAACUAGAAACAGUUAAGCUUGUGAGCAACAGGAUGACCGAAGGUCACCAUCUGCUUGUUGUCCUGCAAGAAGCGUUCAAGAAAGCCAUGAACAACACUCCCCCAGAAGAACAGGAUAGCCUGCGUAAUGACGUUAAAAUUCUGCAAGAGAGUUGGGACCAACUGAAAAUCGAUCUUAAUUCCAUCACCGCACAGCUCAAAGCAGCUAUCGGAAAAUGGGAAGACUUUGAAGACAGCAAAACCAAGAUAAACAAAUGGAUCAAGGAUACCGAACAGAAUCUUGACAAAGUUCCCCCGACAGGUGGCGAAUUAGGAGAAAUGAAGACAUUGCUUGAGAAAUAUAAACAUAUUGAGGAAGAAAUCGAUAAUAAGAAGCCAGAGUUGGAUAGACUGAAGAGCGAGGCAGCAGAACUUAGCAGUUGGGCAAAGAAGCCAGCUGUUAAGGAUGCUGUCACUAAAAUCGAGAAGAAAAUCAAAGCCCUGCGCGAUAAGUGCGCGGCGAAGAAGGCUGAUCUCGAAAGAGAGAUUAAGGACUACAACCAAUACCACCAGUCAUUGCAGGAUACUGAGAAAUGGCUGCUGCGGAUCUCCUUCCAGCUCAUGGCUCACAACUCACUAUAUAUUGCUAACAGGGAACAGACAGAGGAACAGUUAGCCCAACAUGCCAUCUUAUUAGACGAUAUUCAGAAGUACAGGACGACUCUUGACGAAUUAGAAGGUAAAGGCGUCGCUCAGAUCGAGCGUUACGAGGCGACGACACCAAAUAUUCGCGAAACUGUUGGCAAGCAGCUGAAGAAUGUCAACGAUAGCCACAAGUCCCUUCUGGCCACUGCUCUACAAAUAGAGAGAAGAUUGCGCGAGGGUCUGGCUAAGUUUAAGGAGUAUGAAGACACGUUGGAAAGCAUUUUGGUCAACUUGGACGAGUGCGAGCCAGCGAUUACCGAGUUGGACGUGCCGGUCGAUGGGUUGUCCCAUGGUCGUGAACUGCUGGAGAAGGCUAGGGGGCUGCACAACCGGCUGCAGACGGAGAAGUCGCGGCUGUCGGCGGCGGUGGCGGCGUGCUCGGCGGCGGCGGCGUCGGUGUCGCGGCCGUCGUCGCCGGCGGACUCGGCGCCGCUGCCCGUGCCGGCGCGCGAGCUGCACGUGCGGCGGCUGGAGGAGCUCAUCGACCAGGUUCAAAGUCACCUUGAGACACUCGGUGAUGCAGUUCACGGCAUGGAGGAGGCCAUGAAGCAGGUCCUGGAAAUCCAGGAAUGGAUCAAUGUUCACAAUGCGCUGGCCCGCGACUGGCUCGCCAAUCCGUCCAAGCUGAGACCUGAGGCUGCUAAACAAGACAUGGCCGCGAUGAGCGAUGCGCUUGUCUCGCUUGGAGAAAAGAGGAAUAGACUCUUGACGGAAAUACCUACCGAAGGUCUUGAAGAUGAAAUUAACCUAGAAGAGGAACUAGACAGUCUCGAAGUAGCAAUAAUAUCAGCCAUCGAACGCGAAAAGGGCAACCAGGCGAUUAUCGACGAUUUCAGACACAAAUGCCAAGAAAUUCACGACUGGUUCGACGCUGUGCUUAAGAAGAUGUGCCUGGCUGACAAGGGAUCUGGUCUCCCAUGCCCACAGAAGCUCAGUGCACUAAAGGAAUUGUCUUCUGAAUUUGGACAAGCCGGCAAAGAGAAGGUGGACAACAUAAAGGCGGUUGGAUCGCAAGUUAUCAACAUCGUCAGCAAUUUGGAGUCGCAACAAGUCGAAGAACAGAUGAAAUCUGUCGAGAGAAGAUACAACGACAUCGCUAAACGCAUUCAACGCAAACUCCAAAUGCUAGAAAUCACUUAUAAGGCCAUUGAUGGAACUAAGAGCGAAGUAGCAGCUCAGAACGAAUGGCUUCAGAAGGAAAUUGAUAACCUCCUUCAUCCAGAACCUUUAGGAUAUGAAAGCAAGUCCGUUAAAGAGAGACAAAAGAAGAUUGCUAAUUUGCUCAAGGAGACAGACGGUAAAAAGACAGUCAUUGACUCCCUGGAGAAGAAGGUAAGCAACAUUCAAGCAGAGCUUGAGCCUUCUGAACAGAUGCAAUUGGAAUCAGAACUGUCGGAGCUCUCGUCCAAACAGAAACAACUCGCGUCACUCAUAAAACAAGAGAUCGAGAGACUCGGACCCUGUGCUGAAGACAGAAAGAAACUGGAAAAUGACAUUGAGAGGGCUAAGAAUUGGCUCAAGACUAAACUGGCUGAGAUCAAAAAGUUAGGUGGACCAGUACCUUUAGAAGCAGCUAAAGUAGAAAAGGAAAUAACUGUACACAAGAAACAUCAAGCAGAGCUGUCUGACUUCCACAAUGACACACUAACUGAAGUAAUGCGCCAAGGCAAUGCUGUUUCGAAAGAUUGUUCCCCUGAAGACCGUGCCAAGUUACAAGCCAUCUUAGAGGAUCUUAACAAGUCGUACACAUCGGCUAAAGUAGACAUUGAUGACAAACUUGCAGCAUUAAACAAACUUUUACAAGGCAGAAACGAAUUUGAAUCAGAUGUUGCUAAAUGCCAGAGCUGGCUGAACGAAGCAGAGGUAGCUGCCACUCCUGAGUUGAGAACAACAAGUCUCCAACUUCUAGAGGAACAGCUCGCUAAGUUCGACAAGCUUAGCAAAGAAGCAGAGGAUGUAGAGAAGAAUAUCAAUAAAAUUAAAGAUAAAUCCAAGGACAUUAUGGAUUCCCUGUCUGAUUCGAAUAAAUUACAACUUAAGGAACAAGUGAAUAUCCUUUCUGAUAGGUUUGCCAGAAUUAACGCCAUCAUCCACGAUAAAAAGAAUAUCCUAUUAAAACAUAUCAAGGAAUACAAAGACGCAGCUGCUAAGAUUGCUGCUGCUUUAGAGUUCCUGAAUGAAAUCCAAAACAAGCUCAAAGCACUGAACAAACCUAUAGGAAGCAAGGUAGAAGAUGUUCAACCAAUUAUUCAAGCCUAUGAAGCUAUUUUGGCUGACCUUAAGAAAAACAAAUCCAUGUUGAAUGAGUUGCAAGGAGGAAAUCUUCACGACUUACAAGAUAUCCUGACUAAACAAGAUGAAUUAAUGAGUACAAUUGAAGAUCAAAUAUCGAAACUCAAAUCGCUUUUGUUACUGCGAGAACAAUUCUUCGCCCUCGUCAAAGAAAUUGAAGAAUUCAUUGCCAAAUACACUGAUCUUACAUCCGAUAUUGAGAAGUCUAAUGAUACUCUUGAGGAGAAAAUCAAGCGAUACGAUGACAUUAUUGUCAAGAUUCAAGGCUGCGAAGCUCUACUUGCCACUGCUACGGACAAAGGUCAGCAAAUCGCAGCUGAAGGAACUGUUAUUGAUAGGAAUAACAUCACUGAACUUCUGCAGUCAUUAAAGCAGCAACUAUUGACUCUUCGUAGAACUGUAGAGUCCAAGAGACAAGAACAUGAAAGAGCCGCAGCUGAACACAAGAAGCUUGCGUCUGACUUGUCGGAAAUCCUGCAGUGGCUUCAUGAGAACGAAGCGGCGGUGCACUCACGACCCCUGCUAAACAGAGAUGUAUCGAGUGUGGACAAGAAACUUAUUGAGCACACUACACUAGCCAAGAACAUCCAAGCUAACCUCGAUAAGUUCACAAAGAUAACAGACUCUAUCAAAAACGACGAUAGUAUUCCUGGAACAUUACUGGAAAUGGUCUCCGAAGGUAAUUCCUUGAAGACAUCACUUCCCGCCGAGCUGGCUAAUAGGGAGAAAUACUUACAAGACAACAAGAAAUACAGACAGCAAUACUUACAAUUAGUAGAGAAACUGAACAUUUGGGUGAACGAAGCCAAUGUACGCCUCGAUAUGGGCAAAAACGGAACGGAUUUCGAGAACAUCGAAGCUGAUUUGGAAGAACACAAGUCGUUCUUCAACGCAUCCGAGCCUGAGAUGAAGGAUCUCGUCGGAAAACGUAUGCAAGACAUUGUAGAUAAAAUAUGGGCAUCUCUAGCAUCCUCCGAACAGGAAGAGUUAUCCAAAGAUCACCAGAAACACAAUCAGAUGCUGAAAAACACGUUGAACUCAGCAAAGUCUCGCCAGGCGCAGCUUGAGCAAGACUUGGAGAUCUGGAAGGACUUCUGCCAGCUGGUGGAGAAGAUAAAGGCGAUCCUGGAUAAGAACGACAUACAAGACGCGCCGGUCACCUCGGUGGACGCGCUGAGACUUCACCUGGAGAAACUGAAGCACGCCAGGAAUGACUUAGAGAACCAACAGCCGCUCUUGGACGUGGUCCGAGAGCGGGCUCGAGAGCUAUGCUCGGGCGCCGACGCCGCCAGUGGCGAGCGGGUCGAGCAGCGCACCAGGGAGCUGGCUGACAGAUGGAACAUCGCCUGCGAAGGUCUCGCGAAACGCGCCGCUGUAGCCGACCAGCAGCUGCAGCGCUGGAGCCAGCUGCUGGACGUGCAGCGCAGCCUCGGCGCCGCCGUCACUGCCGCCUCCGACCGGCUCAAGCAGCUCGACACCAACCCGAGCACUAGGAGACGAGCUCUUGACACCAGACAUGCGCUGCAGGAACUGCAAAGCGAAGUGUCAGGCCUUGAAGAGAGCAGAGAUGAACUGCUGGAGCACGCAGACUUUGUCGUAAACCUCCUGCGAGCACACUCUAAGGACGCUGCAGAAGAAACCGAGAAGAACGUCAAAGAUCUGGUGGAAGCUUAUGAAAAAUUGCGACAGACUCUAGCGGCGCGGCUCGCGGAGAUCGACGACAUAGUGUCUGAAUUCGAUCGCGUGUCGGAGAGAAUCGACGAGCUCCGACAGCUGAUCGAGGUUUCUAUAGCCAAAGUCAGGACUUUCUACGUGUUUGGCGAGGACGAGGAGGACAACGUACGAGCUCUCACCGCCGAGGUCUCGGAACUGGUCGAACGCACCAAGAACUUCACCGACGAGAGCCGUAAACGCUACGGAGGAUCCGCGCCCGCGGACGUGGCGCAGGAGUUGUCCGCCUUAGAACUGUCGUCGGAAGCACUCGCUGCUGCGAUGGAGGAGAAAGAAAGGGAAUACAAACGCGCGCGCACGGCUCGCACGGAGUACGCCACAGACGUGGAAGACGUCCAGGCGUGGAUCCGCGCUGCCGAGCUCACGGCCCGAGAUCGCACACUGCCGCCUGAGCCGUACAGAGAACGCCUGGUGUCGACCAGAUCCGAAGUGCCAAAUAUUGCGGACCGUGUUGAGCGGUUGACGCGCAACGCUCGCGCCAUCGUGGAGGGAAGCCGCGACGCGAGCGAGAGGCAGUUGGUGCAGUCGACGGUGACGGCACUGUCUGAACAGUUCGCCGCCGUAUGCAGCGAGCUGGAGGCACGGCAAGCGGCCGUCGAGGACGCCUGCGAUGCUGUUGCCAGAUUCCUUGCAUUAUUAGAGAAAGUCCUACUCUGGGUAGAAACCCAACGUGCAUUCCUAGCGCGGCCACUCCCAUUGGCCGACUUGCAGGAGGCGCAACAGAAACAGACUGAAUAUGGGAAUGCGCUCAAGAGUUGUAAGCAGCAAGCCAAAAACUUAGCGGACAUGGCCAAGGAGAUAGAGGCAAUAGAGCGCGUCACGAGUCCCGGAGACUUGCCCUCGAGACUCGAGGCGGCUGAGAACGCAACUGUAGAUGUCGAGAAGAAAUUAGCGAAGACGAACGGUCUCCUACAAGAAUUAGCGGAGGAAUGGGAGCGAUGUGAGAAGAAAUUGAAAGACGUCGGGCACUGGCUUGACGCAACGUCAAGGACGUUAGAAGCACCACAGAACGCGAAGAAGCCGCUCAGAGACAGACUCGCCCUCAGGGAGAAGAUCAUUAACGACAUAUCCACGCAGAAAACUAAAAUAUCAUACGCAGUGGAGAAACUCAACGUGCACUUCGAGCCGGACGGCGUGGCGGCGCAGUCGCACGGUGCGGCGGGCGUGCAGGAGAGCGCGCGCGCGCUGGCAGCCGCGCUGGACGCGCUGGGCGGCGGCGCCACGGCGCAGGCGCGGCAGCUGGCCGCCGCGCUGGCGCAGGUGGAGGCGUACUGCGCGGACGUGGCGGGCCUGCGCGCGCAGCUGCUGCAGGCCGAGCAGCGUCUGCGCCACGCCGCGCAGCCCAACUACAGCCCGCGCGACCCCGACCGCGCUCACCGCCAUCAACAGGAGGUCUACCGGCGAAUCGAAGAGCUGACCGGAGCAAUCUACGCGCUGGACCCGUACUUCGCAAUGCCGCCAGCGCUGAGCGAGCGCGACGAGGGCGACGAGAGCGACGAGGAUGUAUCGUCUCGCGCCAGCACGCUCAGCAUGCUCACCUCCAGCGGCGCCAGCGCCCGCGCACGCCGCGCGCGUUCGCCCGACCGCCGCGACCGCUCGCUCGCGCCACCGCCGCCCGCGCGCCCGCGCCCGCGCAGCCCCGUCUGGGUGCCGGGCGCCGUCAGCUACGCCGAGAUAGUGCGCGGCUCCGGCUCCCGCUCCAGCUCCACCGGCUCCCGCCAGCCGAGCAUGCACAGAAUGCGAUAUGAACCGAUCGACAUAGACGACAGGCAAAGAUACUCGCCUUCACCGCCGGAGCCCGCUGAACCCGAUAUACAACGUGUAGUGGUUGAUGUGUGUGUGCCCAGUGAGAGAGUUGAGGGCGACCGUCUAGUUGUGUGCGAUACGAUCAGUGCCAGUGAAACUUACGGAGACAUUCCGGAAACUUAUGACGAGGAAUACGCUCCUCCAGAGACACGAGAUUUGCGCGAAUAUUAUACCGAACCGGUGGAGGAGUGCCAUGAACCACCCGUGGUCCAUGAAUCGCAAGAGCCGAUAUAUGUGCAGGAAAUUGCUUCCGAGACUAUUCAGGAUUUAACUGAGCCAGAAAUAGAACUUAAGCCUAUGGAACCUGAGUACAGAGCUCCGAGCCCCACGCCUCGGCAUCGCUCAGAUUUAUCAUAUGCGGAGAUACUUGCUCUUGGUUUACCAAGACAGGUGCGAACGCAAAGUAUUACUAUGUUACCGAAACCACAAGUGGCUCAUGUCGAGCUAGUUAAAGAAAUAAUUGUUGAAUGUGUGGAAAAACCACCUGUGAUUCAACAAUAUGAGACAAGAACAGAACGCAUAGAUACAAAAAUGCGGCCGGAAAGACUCGAAAGGACCGACAGGGUUGAGAGGCCUGAGAGGCCCGAGCGGCCAGCGCCACGGAGCCGCUCCAGAGAUAUGCCGCGACAAAGACGCGCGCCUGAGAAGCGCCCGACGAAAGCGCAUGACGUACAGGCAAUGAAAAAGAAAAAGACCAUGAAAAAAGUAAUCGAAGUACAAGAAUUCGAAGACAUGUCUGAGCCAGUUCGAGUAGAACUGACGCCAGUGCAUGUGUUGUCAGCUAAAGACAUAGAGGUCGAAGAAAAACCUGUAGAUAUCUCAGCAAAAAAGUUACCACAUUUGUACGCACCCACAGUGGUAUCAGAUACAAUUACUGAAACGUCUAUUGAGGAAUCACAACCAGAGGAUGCCUCUGAGGAGAUGGAAAAUAAAAAAGCCAAAAAGAAACAUAAAUCUAAAAAACCAAAACAACCAGAGGAUGACAUAUUAAAGGCUCUUAAGGAAAUUGAAGAGUAUGAUAAAAAGAAAAAGAAAGGUAGGGAAACUCGGGACAAGAGUAAAGACAGUGUUGACUUUAUCGCAGCAGAAAGCAAUCUACAGGUUGCGCACGAACCUCUCAAAGUUCAUGAUACCAAUACUCAAUCAGAGGAUAAGGACAUCGAAGUUCCAAUUAAGCACAAGAAAAAGAAGGGACAUAAAGAUAUUCAAACGAAGCCAAAAGACGGUAGUAUGGAAUAUGUAAUUAUUGAAUCUUCAUCUUAUAGUACGGUCGAACAUGUAGAAGAAAAGAGAAAAGAUGGCAAAAAGAAAAAGAAAGGCCCUAAAGAAGUUCUUGAAAAAACAGAUCAAGCCCCACCCUAUUUGAUUUCAGCAAAACCUGAUGCUGUUGAAAUGGAUAUUAAAUCAGGUAUUGAGGAACUAUCGAAGUCGGAGACAGUUAAAUUAGAAUCUCAUGAUAUAAUUGUGGAACAUGAAACUCGAACAAUAUUGCAAGACGAGAAAGAGACAAAUAUUACGACGGCCUCUAUUGAAUCGGAAAAAAUAUCUGAAAGUAGCUUAAAUAAACCUUCUAAAAAGCAAAAGAAACACAAAAACCAGAAACUUCAGCCAGAAAAGGUUGAAGAAAAUAAGCCCGUAGAUAUUGAUGAAACUACGGCAAUUGUAGAGAAACAUGAAGAUGUUUUAACUGAGGAUAUAAGCAAAAUAUCAGAAGUAGUGCCUGAAGCUGUUCAGCAAAAAGGAUCACUCGCAGAAAAAGCAAUUCCAGUAAUUCCACCGGAAAGUCAAGAACCUCUGGGUGAAUCGGAUAUUAAAAUAACCCAAGAAGCUUCAGAGAUUUUAUUAGAUGACAUCCUAAAACAAAGUCACUCCCAGGAUAUUGUAAAAGAUCAGAAUAUGGAACACCUUGCAGAAACUAAAGAAAAUAAUUUUGUAGCUUUAGCUAAAGAGAUAAUCGCAUAUGCAAAAGAACAAUAUAAUAUAACAACAGAAACUGCAUCUCAAAUUGAAUCAACAGCGGAAUUUAUUGCCAAGGAGUCUGAAAUAAAUUCAAGCAUAGGAGCACUUGAAAACAAAUUGUCUGAAGAUAAUAAAUUAUUAACUGAUGAUGACACCGCAAUUAAACGCAAAAAAGCUAAAAAGCAAAAGAAACGCGACAAAUCACAGGAACAAGUAAGUGAAAUUAUUGAACCUGUCGCUCCAUUAGUAAGUAAUGUUGAAGAACAAUUAAAUGAUCAAAAACAACAUAAAAAGAAAAAGUCGAAAAAAGGAAAGACAUCAAGUGAUGUGACUGAAGACGUGGUGGUACAAAAUAUUACCGAAGAAAAACAAGAGGAUAACAUUGUCAAAAAUAUUGAGCAAGAAACUACCGGGGCAUUGGCUGACAAAAAACAAAAGACUAAAAAGAAAACUAAGACAAAAGAUGUUAAAACAGCAGAAGCAGAAUUAUCCGAAGCAGUCGUGUGUCCAAAAGAAAUUAAAUUGUUAGUUACGUCCCAGGAAAUCGAAUCCGUACAAAUAGAUGAGUCGGUGGAAGAAGUUAAAAGUCACAAAAAGAAAUCGAAAUCCAAAAAGACAAAAAUACAAGAUGAUGACAUUGAAAAAGCAUUAAAAGAAAUAGAACGUGAUGAAGUAAUUAAAAAGAAACCAAAGGAGAAGGUUCCUAAGAAACAAAAAUUACAACACGAAGAUUUGUUAACAAAAGAAACCGAAAUAGUCGAAAUGGAAACUAAAUCUUCAUUAGAAAACGAUAACAAAAUCUCUCCUAACAAUGAUGAAGAUGAUAGCACAGAAAAUAUAAGUAAACUUGAACACGUUGACUGGAAUGCUUUAAUAGCAGAGGAAGAAGAAAUUUCUGAAUCUACACUGGAACCAAUUACUCAACCUGAAUCGGACUCGGCUACUAUUGAUACAAAACAGGUAGCAACUGAAGUUACAAUACUGCAAGAUAACAGCACUAUCCAAAAAAGUGUUCAUGAAACUAGAGAAAUCACGCCUGUGCCAUGCAUUGAUUCUAUUAAAAAAGAAGAACAAAUAGUGGCAAAGGGUUCAAAGGAAGAAAUUUAUAUAACAGAGACGAAGCAAGUUAAUGUAACACAGGCUUCCUCAAGUCCUUCUAAUGAACAAAAUAACAAUGAUAAAUUCUUUUCAACCGAGUCCUUAAAAGAGGGAUCUAUCAACAUAGUUGAAGAAAUAACAUGCUAUAAGCCAAUAGAACAGGAUUUAGAGACUAGAACCAUCUAUUUAAUUACUCAUGAAGAAAAGAAAUUGCCGCCAAUUAGGACUGUUAAAGUAUUUAGUAGUAAGAGUAAUUCGCUAGAAGAGCAGCAGUCGCUUGAGGAAAAAUUAUCAAUCGAUGAAAAUAUUAUAUGUAACAAAAUCACUGAUGAAAUGUCUUCCAGUAGUGUUAUUGAAAUUGAUUCAGCUGAUUCUGUUAAGGAAUUAGAUGUAGCAAAAACGCCUGCUGAACAACAAUUGGUUAAAGAAGCUGAAACCAUUCACAGGCACGACAUCGUAGAUGACGAAGUAGUGCACUCAAGUGACGAUAAAGAAAAUUUGAUAAACGUUACAGAAGAAAUUAAAGAUCACUUAAUUGAAAAUUUAAUGACUGAAGAAAAACACGCAGAUACCCUUAUGAAAGAAAAAGUUGAAUUUGAGAUUGUAGUAUCUGAAAUAAUGCCAACCGCAGUAAGCUCUGACAAAGGACCUGUAAUGUUGACUGAAGACAUGAGACAGGUAGACGAAAUAAAAGAAUUAGAUUCUUGUGAGACUAGUACCAUAUUAACGGAGUCUACGGAGAAGAAAUCCGAUACAUUACAAGAAGCUGCACCUAUUACUGAAGAAGACUUUUCCGAUAUUAUGGAAGAAGCAAUAUUCGGAUCUGUACAAGACCGUCACAAAAUAUAUGAAAAGAAGCGCGAAAAGCAAACAAAUGUACCUUACCAAGAACUUAUAAAUGAUGUCAAAACUUAUUCUGUGGAUCUUGACACAUACCAGUUAGAUUAUGACUAUUACCGUUUUAUGCAAAGUAAGCGUGAAGACUCUGUAUCCAAAAAUAUUCAAACCGACGUUAAAGAUACAACAGAAGAAGUACAAUGUACUCAAAUAAUUCCUUCGGAAUCAAAACCACAGGAUGAACAAAUCAUUAAAAUUGAUCUCGUACCUGAACUAGAUACAACAAGUCACUCUCCUCCUAAAGAAGAAGCGCCUACUAUCAAUUAUCAAAAUAUUCAAAAUGCGGAAUUAAUCUUAGCAUCUCAAGUAUCUGAAAAACAUGAAAAAAAUAUAGAAUUAGUAAAAUCGUUGUUAAAACAAGAUGAGCGUAAAACAGUCCAAACGAUGGAAGAUAAACUUUUUGAAAUGAUGUCUCAAACAGAUAAAUCCGAUAAAACUGUUAUUGAACACACAAUUGAUUUAUUGCAAAGUGAAACUUCGGCAUAUAAUCCCGUUGAUGAGACUGAUUCUGCACCAUAUGUGACAGAAGAUGUGCCUGUGGCAGCUCCGUUGGAUGUGACUGAAAAAACAGAUGCAUCUAUACCAGAAAUAAAAGAUGAAAAUAAAUAUAGUGAGUCUGAAAUAUUACUUACGGCAACAGACUCGCAAGAUGUUUCACCGAAAUGGCACAACAUCGGCACCGAGAUGUUACGCCAUGAAACUCCUAGACAAAGCUAUCACGAAUUGGUGGACGCGGAGAAACGUCUCGCACUAAUAAAGAUAAUUGAUAAUCAAGAACAUAACCUUCCUGAAAUCGGCGAACCUGCUGCAAUCACAAUACCAGAUACUAAACCUGUCGUUGAAUUAAUAACUCAAGAUGUCGUAGUUAACACUGCGACGUCAGAGGAAAUAACUGUAACCACAGUACAUGAGUUACCUGUCGAAGAUAAUAAUGAAGUAGUAGCUAACGUUAAUGACGUCAUUAACCAGGAACCAAAGCAGAUUAUUUGUGAUAAUUCCGUAGUAGAUAACUUAGUAACUGAUGUGCCAAAACAAAACUAUCAAGAGAAUUCGGAAGUCGGAAGCUGUCUCGUUGUCUCUGAACAAGAAAUUACAACAGCAGAAUCACUAAUAGAAGCAAACGUUUUACCAGGAGCGAAAAUAAAGAUUAUUGAUGACAAUAAAUCUAUGGAAUUCGAAGCGCCCAGACAAAAUUACCAAGUUAUAUCAGACGCGGAAUCACUCCUCGCUUCUAAAAGAGAAUCUAGUAUUGUAGAAGAUAUAAAAGACGAAAAGGAGAGUGAUAGCUUGCUGAAGUUCACAUCUAAACCAGAACUAAUAUCAACAGACGAAAAGAAAGAACAGAUAUACGAAGUGCCAAGUAUUAGUUAUUAUGAAAUAAAAGAGGCAGAAGUUUUACAAGCAUCUAUAUUAACAAAAUCUAGGGAAGCGAGUAAAGAACCUUCCCCUGUUAAAGAAAAAGAAUAUGAAACUUGUGCCGCCCCAUUGGGCGAAGAAAUUGCCCUGAAUGUAACGGAAGAAGUAUCAGAUAUACAAGAACCAUCCCACAACGAUAUUUAUAAACAUGAUAACUUAUCCCUUUCCAACGGUGAUUUGCAACAACAAUUAGUUGCUGAAACCAUACCAACUGAAAUAGAACAACCUGAAGUACAACAAUCUAGCUAUAACAUUUACGAAGUACCAAGAUUCAAUUAUCAAGAGUUGAGUAAUGCUGAAUCUCUAUUAGCGAAUUUGACACCAGUUCUUCAGGAGGAUAAUAUCACUAUUACAGUAGAUACUGCAUCGGCGACAUUACCUGUGCAGCCUACCCAAAUAACGGAAACGCAACAAACGUCUAACAUACAAAAAGAAAUAGUUGUAUCUGAUGAUGUCAACGAAAAGCAGUCCCUUAAAGACAUCAAAAAAGAAUCAACACCAACAAUUUCACAAGACCUUGCGCAGUUACCUAUUUAUGAACCUGUUCGUCAUAAUUACUACGAAUUAAGAGAUGCUGAAUGUAAGCUUGCUUCCAUUAACACUGCGAAAGCAAAAAAUGAAAACAUUGUCCCACACAUUGACAUCGAAACUAAGGCCGAGGAUAUCUAUUCUCAAAAACCUCUCGAAGAUCCUACAGAUGUCGUACUUAAAGCUACUGUUAAACAGGUAGAAGAUAAAACUAUUGUAGAACAUACCAUGGAUCUUUUGAAGAGUGAAAGUUCUGUUGUAAAACAAGAACAAGUAAGUGACACUGAGAAAGGCAUGCAAACUACUUUAAAACCUUUAUCAGUCUCUGAUACCGCAUCGAGCGCUAAAUCUGAGAAGAUCGAGUUUUCCUUUGAAGUGGAUGAUCUCACUAAUACGCCUGUUUCGGUUGUGUACGCCAAAGAUAAAGAAGUUACAACACCUAAACUUGAUACUCAAGUGGAUAAGCUUGAUAAAAUUAAGGAAGAUUCUAGUAUGAUCGAUAUCCCCGGUGAUAUUCAGCCUUUAGAGUCAACGCAAAUAUCUAUAACUAACGUCGAAGAAUCAUUCGAAAUAGUUGACACUGAAGAAUUAUUACAAUCUAUGGUUGAAAGCGAUAUUAAAGAAACAGACGACCAAGUUCUUGCAUCAUUCGACACUCCUGAACCUGAAUUAUCAAAGGAAGAAGUCAUGGAACCACAUAAUGAGCCAAUAGACGACGGAUCUUUUGAAAUGGUUGAUAUUAAAGAUGCUAGUGAUAUUCAUUUAGUAGAGAAAUCUGAUGAAAAAUAUUUUGACACUGUAAUAAUAAAAGAUGCACCGAGGAUAGACGAAAUGGUACAAGAAGAUAUUAGUCAGGCUGAAAUUAGUUCAGAAAAAGAUAAGCAAGAAAAAAUUACGGAUAUUAAAUCUACCUCAUCAGAAACUAUUGAUGGUCUUACGACAACAAAGAAUAUAAGUGAAUAUAUUGAUGAAGCCGACGAAUCACUUGUCCCUCUGGUAUUCGGUGAUAUAAAAGAAAUUGAAAAAUCAAUAAAAGACAAGGAAAUUGCUACACAGUUUGAGAUAUUGGAACCAGAACCCAUUGAAUCUACAUCGAUACCUGAAAAUGUUAUAAAUAUCGAAUUUGGAGAAGAAUUGCCACAAGAGGAUUCGCAAGUAACAGAGCAGAAUAAAUUGGAUAUUGUCCACACAACAGCUGACACACCUGGAGACGCGGUUGCCCAACCCGACACUAUCUCGGCGGAGUUUAUUAAAUCUGAAAAAACUGAUUCAAUCUCGCGUCAAUCUGAGCCGGCAUCCAGUGAAAUCCUUAAAGCGCCUGUACCCCAAGAUAUUGAUACGCUAGAAAACAUACUUCAAAGUACGGAUCAAAAUGUACCCCUAAACAAAUCUAAUACUCAACUAAUUGAGGAUACCUCUACACCUGACGAUGUCGCAGAUCAGUCCAAAUCUGAACCCUCUAAUCCUCGUGUUGAAAAAUCUCCUAUACAUAGCUUGCAUGACCUUCUUCCCGAAAUAGAUUCCAUUCCUGAAUUUAAACCUUCUUAUUCAAACACUGUAAUAUAUUCUAAUUUAUCAGCUGAUGCACCUGAAUUCACACCAUCCUAUAUGUAUCAGACAGUUACCAAUACUGAAAGUAAUUUAGCUGGAGCUGCUAAAGGAAUUAUCAAAAUUGAGCCUAAAGUAUCUGAAGAAGUCAUAAAAACUACACCUGAAAAUACGGAAACAUCAACAGCAUUAUCACAAAUCUCAUAUUCCUCUGUAUUACAAUCUAAAAAGGAAAAACCUGAACCAAAGGAUGAAGAGUUGACAAUAACAGGUCAACCAGACCUAGAACCAAAAAUCUUAGAGGAUCGUCCGGUAGAGGAACAAGUUGAAACAAAAUCAAAGAAAAAUAAGAAAAAGAAGAAGAAAGAAGAUAAGAAAGACAAUAAUAUCGCUACAUCUGAAUCAAGACCAUUACCACAAUCUCUUGAAUCUCAUUCUGCAAUCCAAGAACCAAUAAACGUAUGGGCUAAGGCAGCUGAAGAAGGUAAAUCGUACGCUGAUGUGGUAGCCGAAGGCUUAGCACAACUGGAAACAAAAGACAAAGUAGUUAAAGAAAAAGAGUUACAAAAACCCACAGAGAAAGUUCAAGAGCUUAUUCAAGAACAUCCAGAAACUGCUCCUGUCAUCAAAGAAGAUUUUACAAUUGUGCCAGAAGCGACAGUAAAAGAAUUAGCAGAAGAGACUGUACAAGAAAUUGAAAAUACUUUAGGUUCUUGGGCUAAAAUUGUGGCAGCUAAUCGACCUUCACCAGAGCGGAAACAAAAAGCGGAAUUGCCGGUUAUUGAAACUCCUAAUGCGCCUGUUAAACCACCAAUAAUUUUAGUAGAUGAAUCUGAUAUAGAGUCUCAAAAGCCAACCUUGGACGUUGAUGCCGAAGGCUUUAUUACAGUAGAUAGAAGUAGAAGAUCUAGAUCGAGGUCAAGAGAUAAUCGCUCACGUUCAACAUCAUAUGUAGCCCAACAACGUGAGAACAGGGAAAAGUCAGAAAAUAGAUUUGAGGCUCUCACUAGUACACUUAAACCUGAUCAUGAAUCAGUACCCAGUACUCCAUCGGAUGAUGAGAAAAAACCCGUCAAGAAGGGUAGAAAGAGUCGUUCAUCAAAAUCGAGAGACAAAGAAAUUAAACCUAAAGAAACUGAUUUAGCACCCAGCACGUCUGAUGAAGAUAAGCAUCCACCAAAGAAAGACAAAAAGAAACGUUCCUCAAAAUCAAAGGAUACUGCUAUUAAAGCCAUUGACGAAGUUUCUAAAGCGGACAAUUUACAAGUUGAGGAAGAGACCAAACCAGGAGAGGUUGUACCGGUACCUGAGAUAAAGAAAAAGAGUAAGAAGAAAAAGAAAGACAAAAAGUCUGAAUUCCUACCUGCUGCAAGCGAUACAGGUUCUCCAGUUGAAGUUACAUCAUCAGAACAAGAGGCUUCGCCAAAACUAAAAUUGGUCAAACAAGAGCAAGUAAAUAUUUCUAUUACAAUGACAGAGAACGUUGAGGCAUCAGACGAGAAUAAAACAAAACAAGUGGAAAGGGAAACAUCUAUUUCAAUCCCAGAAGAUAGAGAAAUACCACUUGAGUGUGAAAAAUUAUUAGAAACACCAACUUCAACCCCAGAUUCUGUUGAAAUUUCGGUACCGAAACCAUUCAAGCAACUGCAGAAUGUGGUAGAUACGCCUAUUUCAACUCCAGAAUCUAUUGAGACUCCAGUCAAAGAUAGAGUAUUUUCAGAAGCACAGUAUUGGAGAAUAGAUCCUAGUGGAUUGACUGCUUUAGAAAACUUGUCAGAAGUGAUCAGCGUUGAAGUGCAACAACCAUUGAAAGAAGACACAACACAAAACAUUUUCACUACUGAUGUGCUAGUACAACCUUGUACAGAGACAACAACAACAACAACAAUAACGGAUAAGUUUAUUGAAGAGGAAAUUAAAGAAAAUGAACCUCAAAGAGAAAUUUCUGUACAAGAAGAUAUUGUUUCUGAAGAGCAGUCGCUUGAAAACAAAAUGGCUGAUUUGCAACGAGAAAUUGAGGAAAUGUUGUUACCUGAAAAUGACUCUUCAGGAAUUAGUGACGAAUCACCGAAAGAACUAACGGACACACAAAAUUCCAUUGAAUACCAAUACGAUGAGUUGCUCAAUAACAUGACUCCAUCGCUAGCUACUCCUGAACCUGAUGAUUUGUUGAUUGAAACAAAGCAAGAUGAAGAGGAAGGAAAAACUAAAUUAGACGAAGAUAUUGAUGAGAAGCAUAUAAGUUUGAGCAUGAUUGACUCCGUGCUCGAUGACACUGAACCCAUGUCUAUUACUGAUACUCAUUCUUUAGAGCAAACAUUGUCAGUUACUCAAGAGGAAGACAUUAUAACUCCAAGGGAAUCUGAUGAAAAUAUUAAAUUAGAACUCGCAGAUACUACCGUCGUUCACAAGGGCGAAAAGCUUCUAGAGGAAGCUACACAAGUGGAAUUACAUAAAGAUAAGCAAAUUAUCUUAGGUGCUACCACGGGCUCUACACAUAAUGACAAAUUAACUUCAAUUACCAAAGUCACAGAAAUUACAAGUAAAACAAUUGCACCUCAAACACCACCCAAUUCACUAACCGAAUCACCUACAGAGCAAAAAGAAGAGCCUAAAAUUGCACCAGAAAAUACUACACUCUCUCAAGCGUUAGACGAAAACAUCUUUAAAGACUCUCCCACUGAGAUUACUAAACCUGAACUGGCCAAAGAAACACAUUCAAUGUCUGAUACAUUACCUACUAACAUUGAACCGGUAGUUACUAACAACUUGCAUAAUCUCAAAGCGGACAAUUUCUGGACUGACAAACACGUAGCUGAUGACGCGGAGUCAUUGCUAAUCAAACAAACAAUCGAAAUCACUCCCAAUGUAGUUACACCUAAGGCUGAAUCUCGCGAAUCUGAACCCGCUCUAAAUGAGGAUAUUAGCGUUGAGCAAAACAUUAUAAAGGAUCAUUCGUUUUGGCCUGACAAACACCUGUACCACGACGCGGAGUGUCGGUACUUCCUUAUGAUGGCCAACAAACCAAAACCGACGGCCGCCGUCGAGUCACAAGUCGAUGUAACUGAUCGCCACGAUAAGGAUAAGGACCCUGGCGGUAGUUCGGGCCACUCUUCCGAAGGGGAGGAGCCGAAAGACCCCUGCGGUUCCCCGUUCGAUUCUAGCUACAUAUCCAUGGACCUUCCCGGCGGGAUAUGUAGCUGGAAAGACAAGAGUUCGUACCUGAGUGCGGAGGCGCUCGUCGACGCCGCGCCCGCUGCGUCUAGGGAGGAUAUACUAACAACCUCACCUCCAGAACCAGUUGCCCCAUCCUCACCCCCACAGGAGCCGACGGAAGGAGACGCAUCCCGGAGGACAACCAAGGAUGAGUUGUCUAAUGAUCUAGAGACACUCCUAGGGGAGAUCAGGGAUGUACAGACGCGGCUGUCGGACCUGCCCGAUGAGAGCCUGGACGCGAUGGAGCAGGGGCUGAAGGAGGGAAUAGAAAUUCUAGUCAAGUGCGAGGAGGCAGCGGAGCUCCUCGAGCAGAAGAUCAUGGAGUACCGGCAGGAAGCAGAGGUACAACUCCUGAUCAAAGAUCUGAUCGCCAUGAAGGCAAGAAUCUCGAAGCUGCUCACGCAGGCUCGACAGGGUCUGAACAUCAUCCAGGUAAGAAAGGACGCUAAAGUUGAGGUGGCGAGACAAACGCAAGAAAUUGAAGAGCAAAGGGAGAAAAUAGUUCGUCUCGACAGGUGGCUUGAAACAAUAAAAAACGGGCUCCAAGAGUCCAGGCAACAAUCAGAUGUCCUUGUCGAAGAGGAUAUUAUUAGAUAUAUUGAAAUAUAUGAACGGUACAUAAGGGAGUACGAAGAAUACGAAAUUAUUCUGAGGUCAAUCACUGUGAUAAGUUACGAUGAAUCUAGUCAGUCGUUGAGGGUGAAAUUGAACGCUAUCCAAAAAGCGUUAGCGGAGACGAAGAAUCUAGUCAUUGUGGAGAUAGAGAGGUUGAGACAAGUUCUUCUGCAAAUGAGGUCUGCGCCUGAAGUUGUAGAAGAUGAUAUAUCCCAAACGGACAGAACUAUUGACUCAACUUCUAUGCCUGAGGAGGUUGUUUCGCCAAGAGAUGUUCAUGUCAUCAAGGAGACCGAAGUUAAAGUAACUAUUCCUGAAAAAGAAUUAGCACAAAAAGUGCCUACGCCGGAAGUAACCGUUGAAGUUCCUACAGUCCAGGAGAGUAAACCUAGUCAAGAAAAACCUAAAGUAGAAAAGCCUAAGGUUGAAACGAAACAACCUGUUGAAGAACCUAGACUGGAAGAAAUAAAGAUAAGAGAAGAAAGACCGACAUUUACAACUGAAACUCAAACUGGAAAGAGUCUUAUAUCAGACGCUCCAUCAUACACAGACAAAUCUGUCAUAUGCCAACCUGACGUUAUUUCGACCCAUGAUGUGUCUAUAACUUGCGCGCCGCUACACGAAGUCGAAGUACAGACAAGUGAGCCGCAUUCGCAAGAAAAGGAAAUCUUAGAGAGCAUUCAGGUCAGGCAGACAAUCUCCGAUGGUCAUGAAACAAUUGAGAUUGCUAGCCGACCGGUGAUGAGAGAACAGAGGAUCGACGAGCAGUCACUGUUUGUUGAUGCCAACUACAGAGACGAUAACCUACGAAAAGAUUCUCAGCUAAACAUCACACACAGUCUUCCCCAGUCAUUCGAAACUGUUAUGGUAGAACCAGACGAGACUACGACAGAAGUCGUUGUAGACGCUGAUGGUACCAAACGUAUUAUCGUGAAAAAGAUAAGGAAGACGUUAGUGACAAGACAACAAACAUUCCAAACGCAAGAACAAAGAUCUGCUGUGUUAUCUAGGGAUGGUGUUCAAGAUUCUUUCUCACAGAUAGCUCUGCAAGAAGACAAAGGCGCUACAUCGACAAAGCUUGAUGACGGGGAUACCCAACAUAUACAAUACCAGACUUAUUCUGGAAAAGUCAUUUCAAGCCUGCCUGGAACCGAAGUAACUGUACAAGAAUACACUUCUAACCCAGAUAUGGUGAUAACAAUGCAGGAAGGAAUGAGGCCUGAAGAGAUUCUCCAAUUAGCUGAAGGUGAAGUGCCAACUCAUAUCCAAACAUCUUCCUCUAGUGUCACUGCUGUUGUUCAACAAGUGACUAAGAGGAUCGUUAAAACUAGGAGGCGCAUUAUCCGUAGAGUAGUCAUUAUCGACGGUAAAGAACAUGUCACAGAAGAAGUUGUGGAAGAGCCAGACAAUGUCGAAGUCUUCGAGGAACAAAUUCCUAGAGUCUCAAUAAGUGUUAAAGAACAGGGUGGAGUUCAGUUUGAAGAAGUUGGUGAUUCAGAUGACAAGGGUGACCAACCCCCUGAAGUUCCCCCUAGCUUGGGCAAGGACGUUGAACCUAAAGAUCAAAAACCCUCACGAGGUGUGGCUCCUACUGAUAAACCUGACGAAGAUGCUCCAAAAGAAAGAAAGAAACUACCAGCAUCUCCUACAGAUAAAACUGCCCAAGAACAAGAACUAAAUAGGCUUAUGGAAGAGUUUAUGAAGAAAGAAGGUGAACAUGGCUUGCGUUCACAAGUGAUUAAGUCUGAGACAGUUGUGUGUAGCUCCCAGGAAAGGGACAAUUCGCCUAUCCGUACCGUAACAGUUACUGAAUCUUUCGGAUUGUUGCCGUCUGACUCAAAUGUACCUGCGGAACAAUUGUACGAUGUCGAAGAGCCGCAAGAUGGUCAAUCUACAUUAAUUACCCACGGUGUCCACCAUUCAACUUUAGAGACUGCUUCGUCAAACAUUGCAACUGUGGUACAAAAAGUUACUAGAAAGAUUACAAGGACAAAGAAACGCAUUAUCAAACAUAUCCAAAUCAUUGAUGGCAAAGAACAUGUGACUGAAGAAGUCAUCGAAGAACCUGACGAUGUCGAAGUUAUUGAGGAAGAACCAAAAGUUACACACAGUAUCCAAACAGAAGGCAUGAAAACUAAACGCAUAAGAAUAAUCAGACAAAUUCAAAUUAUAGACGGCAAAGAGCACGUCACAGAACAAGUUGUUGAAGAACCUGAUGAUGAGUGCGUUCCUGAUUCAACAAUUACCGCUGAGAUAGACCUGCAGAUCAAAAAGCCUGAUUUAGAAAAACAAGACUUGAGCAGUAUUCCUGUAACCCAAACGGUGACAGAAACGAAAGAAAAACUUCAGGAAGACACAUCUAUUCUUGACAUCACGAAAACCUUAAUCGGUAGUGAAAUGGAACAUUCUGCUAUAUUACUUUCACCUAGCAAGAAACCUACUGACGCUAUAGUAACAGAAACUACACAGAUAAAAGAAUUCGUUGUAAAAGACAAAGAAUCUAAAGACCAUCCUGUAAGGAGUGAAACAGUGGAAACAAAAGAAACACCUGAAGGAAUCAUAACCAUAAUAAGAAAAACGGUACAGAUAGGUGAACCUGAAACUAGAGUUAUUACAAUGACUACCAAGGAAUCUGAACCUGUGCACCAAGGAACAGAACAGAUUGCGGAAAAGGUCACAUCAGAAUUCACUACUUUGAUACCUUCUUCUGAAAAAACGAUUCCAAGCCUUAGUGAUAUUAUCAGCAGUUUUAAACCUGCCACUGAGCAAGAGGAUCCUGUAAAAUCAGAGAAGGAACAAAUAGAUCAGACUCCUGCUGGAAUAAUAGUCACAACCACUGAGACAUCGGUUAAACCAAUAGGCUCCGAUGUAACUAAAAUUAUGCAAAAAUCUGAGAUGACAAAAUUAAUUACCGAGAUACCCAAAACAGUAGAAGAAACAACAUUAACUCAAGUAACUUCUGAACUUCCUUCUGAUAAGAUCAAAGAUAAUGUUCUUGACGUUACCAAAAAUUUAAUUUCUAGCGAAUCGGAGCAGUAUUCGGUGAUGGAUAAAAAAUUAAAAGAAACUUCACCUAUGCCUGCUCAUCCAUCUAUAGAUGAUUCGAAAGACAGUGAAAAGGUGAUGCAGACAAUCCAGGAAACAAUUCAAUCUACUGAACCCGAAAUUACAGUAACUUCUGUAACAACUAAGUCUGUCUUACCGGAUUCUGAAAUCAUUUCAGAGCAACCAGCUGUUACCGUGACGUCAACAACGAUUUUGCCAGGAUCAGAUAUACCAAAAAAUACUAGUCUUAUUGAUUUAACCAAAAGCUUAAUUGAUAGUGAAGUCGGUCAUUCAGCAGCAUCAAAAAUCCCACAUACAAAACUAAAAGUAGAUGAAGUGCCUAAACCAGAUGAAGCUGACAAAUCUCCUAAAGCAGCAAAACUAACUAAACAAUCUCAUCCGCAAGAAAAGACACCACAACCUGCACAAAGUAAGUUCGAGCAAAUCAUUACCCCCGAUGUUGGAACUUUAAAAGUGACUGAAACAACUUAUAUUGUCACUGAGAUUCCAGAAUCUACAAUAGCUUCGGCCGUUUCUAAGCAAGAAGAUGUUCAGAAUAUUUCUAUCUCUAAAGAAACUGUUACUACUAUGUCAACUCCAGAUUUACCAGUAGAAGAAAAACCUAAGGAUACGUCCGUUGUUGAUUUAACUAAGAGCUUGAUUGACAGUGAAAUGGAUCAUUCAGCUGCUUUGAAGGUACCACUUAAAGAUCUGAAGACAGAAUCAAUAGUUGAGACUCCUGAGAAACCAAUACAGGAAGUUCUCAAGGAACCGGAAGAACAAGAACAUUUAGACAUACAUAAAUCGGAAGAAAAGAUACCGGAAUUAAAAGAAUUUAAGAUGGAGGAAAUGGCUAAAUCCGAUACUCGAAUAGCUACUGAGGCUACUGCAACCGUUGCCGAUGUAAUAAAACCUGCAAUUGAAAAAAUCGAUGGUGUCAAAGGAAUACAUGACGUGCCAGAUACAUCUACGGAUAAAACUGUAAUUGACGUCACUAAACUCAUGAUUGGUAGUGAAUCAGACCACUCGGCUGUGUCUAAAAUUCCUGCAAAGCCAGUAUCCAAAAAGAUAGUCGAAGUAACUUCUGAAGCCAUUGAUGAAUCUCAUAAAUAUGACAGUAAAGAUAAAUUACUUGGAAUACCACAAGCUCCAUUACAAAUAACCGAAUCUGUGCAAGAAGUUCAAUCUCUAAAAACGAAAUCUGAUUCCAAAGAAACUCCUAUUAAAUCAGUAGAGAAGAAACUAUCGGAGAAAUCUGCAAAAGAAUUGCGUAAAGAAAUUAAUACUGAAGACAGUGCUCCGAAAAUGAAAUUAACAGAUUUCUAUAAACAAUUUGCUUCAGACGAUGAAAUACUACAGGAAGAGCCCACGAAGGAGAUGGCAGAACCAGCCAAAGAGGCUGAGAAACCAAAAGAUAAUCUUCCUAAAACCUGUAAAAAGUUGCCUGACGAAUUUGAAAAACUCACUGAUAAAGAAGAAAAAACGAUACAAUCAGUUGAACCGUCAGUUAUUAAGGAAGAGCAAAUUCUAGAACCUAAAAAACAAGACCAACACCAAUUAACUGAAGCGCUUUCCAUAGAAACUACUAGCAUUGCUCCUGAACCACAACAAGGUACUUCUAUAAUUGAUACCACCAAGAGCCUGCUCGAUAGUGAAAUGAGUAUUUCGCUUUUGGAAAAACCGGAAAAACUAAAAACCGAUAAACCUGAGAUUACCCAAUUGAAAGAGGAUAUUAAACCAUACGAAAUAAAGGAAACAGAACCUACUAGGGCUUCAGAAGUGGUUCAAGAAACAAUUCAAUCUUAUACAGUUACUAAUAAAGAAAAAAUGACUACCGAGCCUUCCACCACUGAAAUAUCUGAGUGGGAAAUCGUUGAAGUCCCUGAACAAAUUUUACCUAUUGAAGAUGUAGUAAAGCCUGUUGCACCUAAAGACGUAGUUAUUCCAGUUGUUUCUAGUAAUAUACCUCAGGUUAAAGAUAGUAAAAAACCCGAAGACCUUGGACUAGUAGUUGAGAUUCAGAAAGAUAGUACGCUAAAUGAUACUACAAGAAGCAUGUUAGACAGCGAAAUGGAUCAUACAGUUGUAUCAAAAAUACCUGCUAAGCCUGUUGUUGCACGCCUAGAUGGUAAAGAACUUGCAUCUGAUAUGGAAGUUAAACAAUCUACAACUGAUGAACCCAAAGUAUCGGCAUCCGUCGAGAUUGUAGAAUCUGUAACACCUACUACAGAAAUCCUUAAUAUUAAAAAAGAAGUUACGGAAGCAACAGAUACUAAAAAUAUUUUGGAACGUGACACAGAGUUAGAUGAGACAAAAAAACCAGUGAGAUUAGGAGAACCAGAUGAAUUUACAAGUAUUGUUCAGGAAAAACCUGUCAAGAUCGAAGAUUUAAUUACCCAAGAUGAGAAAGAACCAUCUACAGGUAAGCCCGAAACACUUCCAGAGAAACCUGUAGUUAGUGAAUGUGUGAUGCAUUUACCCGAAGAUGUGCAAUCAACUAUUCAACAAGACAUUGAGAAACCACAAAUGAGUGUACAGAACAUAACAAAAGCACUCCUUGAAUCGGAAAGUAUACAUACGGGUACCCUACACGUUUCGCCAAAACCAGUAGAAGAAACAAUGAAACCAGAUAUUCUAAAACAAAUUGAUGAAACACCAUUAAAACCUGAAAGUAGUGUUCCAGAAAUAAAUAUAACAAAACCUCAUGAUGCUCUAGGACAAAUAACAGAAGUAACUAUUGUUACAGAUAAACAAGUUAUAGAACCUGCUACGAUUGUUCUAGAGGAAGUAUCAAAAAUACCACCACUAGAAGAAGUCAAACCAGGAAUACGGCAAACCGUGACACGAAUAGUCACAGAACAGGUUACCGAUCUAGAUGAACCAGAAGAUAAAGAACCAACAUUUACUUCUGUUGUUAGAGAAACAUUAGUCACUGAUGCUAUCAAAGAUACAUUUGUGUCAGAAUUAAAACCAUCUGAGUCCAGAGAUGAACAGAAAUCUCCUGAAUUUAUUGAAGUAGUUACUACUGAAAAAAUACCUGAUCACAUUCUUUUGGGAUUAGUGAAGACUGUAGAAGGACCUCAAAAGGGUAUUAUAGAUAUUACAAAAGAGCUCUUGAUUCAGGAGGGAAUACGAGAUGACCAGAUAUCGACUACUAAGGUGCCGAAAGAUGAGGUUCCAGUAAAGUCAGAUGAGAAAAUUCAUGCUAUUGAACAAGUUUCAAAAUCUGUUGAAAGUAUUAAUGAGAAACUAGAAGGGGUUGUUGACACAUCAAGCCAGCCUCCUAAAAUGAUUGUCAGUCACAUAGUUACCGAGGUGGCUCCCACACAGUCAAAGGUUGAAGUUGAACAACUCAAUAUCGGAACCGUUAUUACUGAAUCAGAACCGACUGCUGUCCCAGAAUCGCCCGAGGUUUCAUACAUCCGCCAGUUUGAUCCAAAAGUGCAGGGAUCAUCAGAAAGUGUAAACAAAUUAUUAGCCACAUUUGACCAACCACAACAAGCAGAAAUUACGACACAAACAACACCGCCUGGCACUCAUGAAAUAGUGCAAACUAAACCUGAUAGUAAAUAUGACACAAACUUACUUCUGGAGGCCGAGCGACAUGACACACACUUACGCGGCUUUAAGCCAGACAAUAAAUCCGUUGAGGGUCAACCUCAGAAACCACAACAGACUCUUGACGUUAGUAUGUCGCUAACCAAAACAGAUGUAACUACAAAAUCGGAACCACAAGUAAAACUCGAUAUGAAGGUCGAGCAAUUUGAAUCUCAAGAACCUGCUUUAGUGAAAAAAGAUGUUGACGUAAUUUUACCUAGUGAAAUUACAAUAACUACUGAACAUGUAGAAACACAAGUGGCCGAUAUUAAAGAUCAGCCAUCUACCAAAACACCAGAGGAUUCGAUAAAAGAUCAUAAAAGAAGUAAAAAGAGAAAGAAACAUAAACGGGAUUCAGAAAGCAGUGAGCCUACUGAAAUACCGAAGGAAACGCUUCUCGAAACGGACAAGAGUAUUACAGACACUGAUAGUUCUUCUCUAAGUCACUACGUAGAGUUGCCAACAUCGCCACCGGUCGAUUCACCAAAGCCAACAGAAGAUGUUUUGAAACCUGUUGACAAGCAGGAAUCAGAAUAUGAGUCAUCAUUCGUUGAAUCAGAGCCAGUUACUGAAGAAAGAGGUUACGAGCCUGAAGAUUUGUCUUUAGGUCCAAUUGUGACUCCAGAUAAAAAGAAAAAACAAAAGAAACGUAAAACCGGUGGAGUUAGUGAGGAAACAACAUAUCCAAAACCAAGCACAACUGAUGUUGAAGAAACUACUGUGUCUACGCCUGUUGAAGUUGAUGCCUUGCCUUGCCUUGAGCCUAUAUGCGUAAAGAAAACUAAAGAAAAGAAGCGGAAGAAGAAGACACCCGUUGAGUCUGAAUUCGAAAUUAAACCCGCGGUACCAGAAUCUAAGGAUGAAACUCCUAAAACUUCUCCGGAGCCGGAAUCUGAAGUUAAACUUGAUACGCUUAAGAUUAGUAGUGAAGUAGUCGAAUCGUCACCACGUGAUGAAUCAUACCGUACUAUGAGUGAAACAUCCGACAUAAGCACAGUAAAAAUCGUCGAAGAAUGUGUACAAAGCAGUCCAGAAACUGUUCAAAAGGAAGUGCCAACUACAGUUACUUAUCCUGUGCCAGUAGUCGAGGAGAUAGCAACACAAGAGUACUCCAUCCAGACAUCUCCUGAACAAACUGAAUCUGUAGAAGAGUUUACUCGACCAGAGACUUUGGACAGUGAGCUACAAACAUCGCCUACACCAGUAAGCGAAGUCUUAACACAAACCACUCCAAUUGAAGACAAAGAAGCUCACACGCAGACUAUUGAAGAAGUCAGCACUGUGGUCGAAAAAGUCGAAAUGUCCGAUACAGAGAUACAAACAAGCAGGACAGAAACACCUGAACCAGUCGUUCAGUUUGAAGCUACUACUCAAGUUAUACCUUACGACAUUAGCGCUCCGGAAGAGAAAUUCUCACAAACAUCACCAAUAAAAGAAGAACUAAUUGAAAUAAAGGAAGAGCUACCAUUGAAGCCAGAAUCUGUUACGGAAUCUCGAGAUAUGCAAACGUCUCCAUUACCUGAAAUACAAAAAGAUGAGAAGAGUACAGAAGUAUUUGUUGAGACUACUGAGACUGAUAUGCAGACUGUAAAACAAGAAAUUGUUGAUCAGGAAACCUCAAUGACUCCCAUCAAAGAAAAGGAAGUUGUGGAGAUGAGCAUCCAAACUCCCGAAGUCCCGCUAAUUAGCUCCGCUACUCAAUCUGAUGAACAUAAAGCGUUUAUCGAAGAAACGAUUAUAAAACCGGACUUAUCCGAAUUAGACAUCCAUAAAAGGGCUGUUAUCACCGUUGACAGUACGCAACAGACGUCACCAAGGGUUGAGUUUGAAGAAUCGAGAUUAUCUAAUCUAGACUUGACCAAAACUGAAGUCACUACAGUCGAAACAAGUCAACAAACGACGCCUCGUACUCCUGAAGUACCGAGCUUGAUUCCUGAACCUGAUCCGAAGAAGGAGGUCAUUACCUCUGACAGUACACAGCAGACGUCUCCACGUGUACAAUUUGCAGUCUCUCCUGCAAUUUCUGAAGAUUCAACGCCUAUUCCCGUGCUAGAACUGGAGCGAAGAGAGAUUACCACAACAGACAGCACACAGCAAACUUCACCGAGAGUGUAUUCUGAAGAUUCUAUUUCAACAUCCACGGAUGAGCCUUACGAAGUUCAUUUACGAGCCCAGAUUUCUAUUCCCCAAGCAACUAACGACUUCCUAGUUAGUGAACGUCAAUACGAAGAACCACCACAAUCCAUUAUUGCCGAAAAACACAGACAAAGGAAGAGGAAGCCCAAGAAGAAGGCCGAGUCGCCGUUACUCCAAUCACCUGGCAGUCUUUCAGAUCCCAUUAACACCGAACUUUCCCUUUCGGUAACGCCAACGAGUGAUGACUUGUCAAGUAGAGAUCCGUCGUCGAUUGACGAAGGUAUUUCACAGUUGGCGAGCCCAGAUCUACCGAGACAUAUCGUCUCUCAACCGAAAUUAACAUAUUCUGAUGUUGUACAGAGAUCUAAGUCCAAAUCUCCAUCGCCGAGCAAAUCUGUGUUCAUUCCUCAUAAAACUGAAAAGGCGCGUCUACUCGAUGCCCUUGAAAAGCGUACACAAUCGGUCAUGGAACCGCAAAGAAAUGUUCCCGAUGAUUCCAUGGCUGUAGCUUUGUUGGAACCUUCUGUUGAAAAAUCUUACGACCUUGUCAUCAACAAAGAAUUGGAUGAAGUUAAAAAUGCAAUUGAUAGCCACGAUCCCACUAGAACAGAAAGAAGCGUAAUAAUCGUUAUUGAAACAAUAUCGAUUUGGCUGGAAGAAAUUCAAUACAAGAUCCAACGCGAGACAGUUACUGGCAUCAAGACUGUGGAAGAAACUGAGCGUUUGAAAUCACUACAAAGCUACAUUCAUAACUUGAAGGAAAUUAUUGAGGUCACCGAAGUGAACGAAGAAAUCAUCACUUUAAUCGAGACAUUAACGCGUCAAGUGGAUGCGGUUAAUACUUUGAGCAAACAAAGCUCGGUGAAAGUGAAGGAAGUAGAGAAGGAAUGGCAGAAAUUCUUGGACGACACUGAAAGAUUAAGCCAAUCGGUUGAACAGGUUAAAAACAACCUAGACGACGUUAUUCUAUCGGAAAUACCAACACAAAAGAAACUGGAUAAAUUGGACAAAAUCGAAUCAGACAACGUGGAUAACUUCGACACCGUUAUCAAGAUGUUCAAACGGUACCGUGUACUUUUGGAAGAGAAUCCGAAGAGAGAGUGUCCGACCAAACUUUACAACUGCCAAGACGACACGAGGCAAGUAGAGAAUGUCAUUAAUACAGAAAGGGAUAGACUGUUACAACUUGCCUCACUAGCGGAAGAAUACGAACAAACAUUACAGGACUUUGGACAAAUCACCGACGUCGCCGAGGCGCUUUUGGAUGGAAAGAUUAUUGUUUCAGAUCUAGACCAUCUUCACGAAGAAAUCCAGAAACACAGAAAAUUCUUCGUUAAUUUGAGCCAUUGUAGGGCUAUCCUUGAAUCUCUAGAAGAUAAUCUCGAUAGCGAAACGAGAGCGAAAUAUUCGUCUCUGCACAAUUCCUUGCACGACAGAGCCACCCUGAUUAUAGACAGAGCGGCCGGUCGUGCGCAACAGAUGACGCUAGCUGCUUCCAGGUGGACUAUGCUUAUACAGGGUAUGAAGGAGGAACAGCAAUGGCUCAUUGUAGCACAACAAAGAGUACCAGAUCUCACUAACGUAACUUCAAUGGAUCAUGAACAGUAUAUCAACCUCUACCAAUCUAUUAGUCUGGAUGUAUCCCAUCACUACGCCAAGAUGCUGCGUCUCAUGUCCAUUACGGAAGGCUUACAGAACUUGAUCGUAUGUUCUGGUCUAGAGACUCAAUGUGCUACGGCACUCGAUACAUUACUCAAAUUACAAGAAGACAUCGACUCUAGAUUGACGCGUCUUACGGCAUUCAGAGAAAACUGGGUGACGUAUGACCAUCUCAUUGACCGCAUUGAAGGAUGGAUGAAGAUUGCCAACAGAGAACUAGAGUUCAUCACGCCAGAGAAUAUUACCACUACUGGAAACCUUCGUAGAUUCUGGGAACUCAAAGCCCAACACGAAGUACACAACAAUUUGAAGAACGAAGCAGGAGUACAGUUUGAGAAGGCACUAGAAAUUUUGCCUAUAUCCGACGAAAUGGUACAGCGUCAAUUCUUCUCCAAGGUCGAAGACAGGUGGCACGAUCUCGCCGCGAGGAUAGGCAACAUCCACGCAACAGCCAUUCAGAAUAUCUCAGAUCGCGACGUUUCCUCUGGAGAGAAGCUUAACAUUCUCGAAGAAGAACUCAGGGAACUUCGCGCGGCUGUUGAUGCACUGAAGGGGGUGGUAAAGAGCGAGGACGAACUGAACCUGUACAUAGAAAGGCUGCAAGUUAUGACGGGUCGCAUCGACAGAAUCCAAAACGAGCUAGGAAGGUUAAGUCUUCUCCCGACUGCAGAAUCGGAACGUCUUGGAGCAUUGCUGACUCAGUCAGGCAUACUGGAUGACCAGAUAUCCGAAGAACUGGAACGCAGCAUGUUACUCAAAGAAAAGAUCGUGCAAGUCCAGGCCGGAAUAGCCAGGUGCCAGAAGAGUCAACGUCGCGCCAGACUGACAUUAGAAGAAUGCGAGGCUGCAGAGAGACUCGGCAGCGAUGUGGUAGAGCGAGCUUCGCAGACCUGCGACAAGUUGGUCGAGGACUUGGCUUCUCAAUGGCGAGAUAUACUAGCGCUGCGACAAGCAUUACACACGCUGCCGACGAGCUUGAGAGUAGUCGUGUCGCCAACAAGCGUGGAGAGAGACAUUUCAGCUCUUCAGGAGACGCACGCAGAGUUGGAGGCGGCGUGCAGUGACCUGAGCGCUCGGCUGCGAGGACGCGUCGCGCUGUGGCGACGGUUCGAGCGGCAGCUGGAGCUGGUGCAGGGCGCCGUGCGCGAGGCCGACUACAUGGUGGAGCUGCUCACUGUGCAGGGACAGGUCGACUACGACCGCCUGCUCAAGGCUACCGAGAAGUUAGAGACACUAAGCGAGUCGCUGACCCGCCGCAGUGGCGAGUUGGUGGGCGAGCUGAAGGAGGCCGCCGCGCCGCUAGAGGCGUCCACCGAGCCGGCGGUCGCGGCGCAGCUCCGCCGGGAGUUGGACGACGCCGCCGCCGCAUACCACCACACCUGCGCCAAUCUCACGCAGCUGUGUGACAAGUACCACAAAGCGGUGGACCUGUGGAAGCGGUACCGCGACGCGGCCGCGGCCGUGCGCGCGUUCGCCGAGUUCCAGGAGGGCCGCCUGCACGCGCUGCGCCCCGACGACGCGCCCGACACCGCGCAGGCAUGCCUGGAACAAGAGGCUCGGGUGGCAGAACUGAGGUCUCUGGCGGCUCGUGUGGCUGCGGAGACAGGGUCCCGGGCAUUGCAGGCUGACGCUGACGCGCUGGCCCGCCGACUGCAGCUGGUGGCCGGCGCUGUACAAGCCCUGGCGGACCUUGGCGAGGCCAGGCAGCUGGCGCGCGCUAAGGCGCACCAUGCUAAAGAGAAGCUGUGUGAUAUGAGACAGGACCUGACACCAUUACACGAAGAUGGCGAAAUUGUUGAAGAAAAACUGAUAGCUUUACGGGACAACCUGAUCGCCCUUGGUAAAGGCGAGGCGGAAAUCGCUCCGGCCAAAGAACAACUGCCGGACAUAGACCGGGAUGUCUCUGAGGAACACUCGAUCGUGAGGAUCCUGGAGCUAUGGCAGGCGAUGUUCAGGGACACCUUCCUGCAUUACCACCGGCUGUCCACGGCGCUAGUCAGGUCUGGAGACGCCGCCACCGCGCUCAGACUGUGGCACGAGUACCUGAUAGAUUUACAAUCAUUCCUCUCUGGCUCCGUACCCGCAGACUACGAGAAUCUGACUGAACAUCGACGGCUAUGCAGGGUACACAAGAACCUCCUCACAUCGCAGAGGUCCGUACUCAUGAACGAGAACAGGGAAACAAAGAACAAAGACUUGGCGGACAAAUUCGAUACACUAACGAACCUUCACAAUGAAACCUUGGCGCGUAUUGUCGAGAGACACGACGAGGUCUGCACGCGCAUAGCCGCGUGGGACGACUACAGAGAGAUAUACACGGAAUUACUCCGAUGGCUCAAAGAAAUGGAACGUGAAAAGGAAAAACUACAGCUCAGAUACGUACACAUCAAGAGGAUACAUAAGAUACUAUCUAAGAUACAGAAUCUCUCGGACAAAGUGCCCGAAGGUAAGAAACAAACUGACAAAUUAUUAGUGGAUCUCAAGAAAGUACUCGAAUUCACGGAGGAAGCAUACGCGGCGUCAGUCAGGAUGGAAUACGCGGGUAUCGUGAAGAGAGUCGAUAACUUACAAGCUAGUCUCGACACCUGGAGAGACUUCUUAACUCGCAUACUAGGUCUCAUCGGAGAAUACGAGAAAUUGACCAAUGAUCUGCACAAACUGUUCUCAAAGACACAAGACGAAAUUAUCUCCUAUUCCGAUGAAGAGAGAUUAUCUCGACCACAACUAAAGAAGGCCAUAGAAAAGUACACUGACUUAAGGACAAAGAUUGAAAAGACUGAAACACAAAUUGAAGCUCUGAGCGUCAUCCAGGAGCAACUUAAAGAAUGCCUAAGCCCCCAGGACAUGAGAAUAGUCAACCAAAGGGUUUGGCAGUUACGUCAGCAGCGAGCUGAUUUAGAACACCAACUUUCCAUUAUCAUUCACCGACUACAAGAGAGACUAGAAAUCUACACUAUAUUUGACUCACGAUUUAAACGAUUCUCAGAAUGGUUGAUCACUGUUGAAUCACGUCUCGAAUCCAGUCAAAGCAGUGAAAUCACUGCGCUUGACCCACAAGAUCUGAUUAGGAGGAUAAACGCUGACAUCCAAGCGGAGACGGCACUUAAAGAACGCGAAUUUGAAUGGCUCGCUGAAACUGGCAAUACCUUAAUUGAAAUUUCUAAAAAGGACGAGAAAUCUUACAGCAAAAAUACAUCCAAACACUUAAGAGAUGUACAAGAGCGCUGGCAAAGACUUCAAGAAACUGGUAGGUCCAGAAUCGCGAAGAUCACAGAACUCCUGGAAACCAUCACACAACUUGAAGAAAGAUUAACUGAAAUUAGACUGAAAUUACAUGUUAUUGAAUCAAAACUGACCACUUCUGUAGUCCUGGAAUACCUCACCAGCAAAGCUGUUGAUGAAAAAUUCAGAGAUCGUGAUGAAAUCCAUAAAGACAUAGAGCAAGAGAGCGGAGAGGUGGGCGAAACCCUUAACCUCUGCGAACUUGUUUUCAACGAUCCUGACGUUCUCAAAGGCAACUUUGACUUGAGGAAUCUCCGUACUGGUGUUGACAUUGUCGAAAAGAAAUGGAAGAACAUCUGUGACAUUUCCGAACAACGUAAGACUGCUCUGAAAGAAAUCCGCAAAUCAGCUGAAUUGGCCACAUCGCUCCUGCCAAAGAUUGAAAAGAAACUGGAUUCUAUAGAACGAAGAGUAGAGAAGAUAGAGACUAGGAAACAGCGCGGAGAACCUGAAGACGAGAGUGUAUCCAAGGCUGUUGUUAAAGACUUGGAGGCUCUUCAGGCUGAUAUCAAACGGCUGGAAGACGCUUACAGCCGUGUGGCUUCGGCGAGAGGAGUAGAGCUCCGCGGUGAGGGCGCAGAUGAUGCUGCGAGAUUACGGGCUGCGGUCCGUAGAUGGCAACAGUUGAGAGGCCGAGUGGACGCGGCCGGAGCUGACGCACACAGGCAGUUCGUGGCUGCACACGGCAAGGCUGUAGUCGCGCUGGCUGAGGCAGAUGUCCGGCUGACGAGAGCUCUGCAUCUCGCCCCCACGCCGCUGGACAAAGUCGCCACCUUGAAGGAACUAGACGGCGUACAACAAGAACUGCUCGAGUGCCGAGCACUAGUAGAAGAAGCCGACCGCCUGGCGUCGGCAGUGUCGACGGUGUCCGGCGUGUCCGACAUGGUGGCCGAGUACCGCGCGCUGUACGCUGACGUUAGGAUGAGGCUGGACCUCGCCCGAGCGGAGGUCGUGGGUGACGUCGACUCCGCUGUUCAGGUGGACACCCUUAAAUGGGAGACAGACGCCGCCCUCCAAGUUGACACACUCACAUCUAAGGAAACCUACCGCGACGAACUCGCAUCGGCGGUCAGGGAAACAUCAGAAUCUCUGGAAGCACUCAGAAUCGCAUUACAGCAGCAAACGAAAGAGAACGCCAACAGCGAAGAACUGGCCACAGCCGCUAAGGAAAUCGCAAAGGCCGGAGCCAAACCUGGACAGACUCUUGAGCUAGCCAAGCAUUUAUCAGAGUUGCUACUCACUGAGUGCGACGCGACGGAAGAAGAAGCGAUGCUGAAGGACGUAGAAGCAUUGUCGUUAAGAUACGAAGAUCUUCUCGCUCAAGCGAAGAAGCGAGAAUUGCAGAUAAACAACCUGAGGUUGCCCCACUCAGCAUCGUACGCGCUCACGUGCGAACACGAGUCCGGCCGCCUGACGUGCCCGCUCUGCUCGGAGCGCAACUGGAAACAACUCGACAACGACCUCUGGCGCCUGGAGCAGUGGCUGCAGUUCGCAGAGGCAACGGAAGAGUCGCGCACGGACCCGCCCGAACAGUACGACGCACUCGAAGACGCUAUACAGGACCACCGAGAAUUCCUCCUCGAUCUGGACUCGCACAAGUCGAUCGUGGUGUCGCUGAACGUGGUGGGCAGCCACGUGGCGGCGCACGCGAGCAGCGCCGCCGACGCCGAGCGCGUGCGCGCGCGCCUCGCCCGCGCCAACACGCGCUGGGACCGCGCCUGCGCACGCGCUGCCGAGCGGCAGCGCACGCUGCAGCACGCGCUCGUGCACAACCAACAGUUCCACGACAUCGUCGUGGAGCUAGUAUCCCGCCUGGCGUCAGCCGAGCGCGGCGUGCGCGCGCGCGAGCCGCUGCGGCUGUCGCGCCCCGCCGACGAGCUGCAGCGCGACUUCCGCCGCUUCAGCGAGCUACGCGACGAGCUGCAGCAGGCUGAGCCGCGCGUGCUCGCGCUGCACGACGCCGCGCAGCUGCUGCGGGCCGCCGACGCGCCGCCGAACGCUGACGACAUCUGCCGCAGACUGGGCGAGCUGCGGCUGCGGCUGCAAUCGCUGCGCAAGCUGUCGGGCGUGUACGCGCUGAAGCUGGGCGCGGCGCUCGCGCGCAGCCCCGCGCGCGCCGCCUCCGCGCUCGCCGCCGCCGCCGCCGCCGCCGCGCCGCAGCUUAUGGAGGAGGACGACGAACAGAUUUCCACCUUGAACCUGCCUCCGCUUGACGAAUCCGACGCGGCGGCGAGUGAGGAGACGGAGGAGGUGGCGCUGGGGCGCGUGCAGCGCGGGCUGCGGUUCGUGUGCCGCGUGGCGCGCGCGUCGCUGCCGUUCCAGGCGCUGCUGCUGCUGCUGCUGGGCGCCGCCGCGCUGGCGCCGCCCGCGCGCGACGGCUGCGGCGGCCUGGACCUGGAGCCCGUGCUGCGCUACCCCAACGGGCCGCCGCCGCUGUGAAGCGACGCCGCCCGCCAGCCC